AUGCCGGCGCGCCAGAAGCAGGAGGCGAAGAAGAAGAAGAAGAAAGGCGCCGGCGCCGGCCGCGUGGAUGCGGCGGCGCUGCUGCUGCGGGAGCGCACGGCAGCCGGAGCAGCCACGGGCUCCCUGGGCCAGCCGCCUCCCGCCGCCGCCCUGCCGAGGAUGUUCAGCUGCGUGGGCUGCUUCUGGGUCCUCUUGUCCUCCUGCCUGGUGGCCGUCUGCAGCUUCAGCUUCCUCUCGCCGGCUUGGAUCGUGAAGGAGCGCGGCGGCGGCGGCGGGCGGCGUUUGGUGGUGGCCACGGCCGCCGCCCUGGAAGGCAGCGAAGGCGGCGCCGGCGGCGGAGAGGUCAGCUUCGGGCUGCUGUGGCACUGCUCCGAGUCCCUGCGCCACAUGUACGACUGCUACACCUUCGGCGGCCUGGGGAGGUUCAGCGAGAUCCCCUCCGGCUCCUGGCAGGUGAGCGAGGGGGGAGCCGAAGAGGCGGGUUGAGCCUAUCUAGCUUUGUGUUGUUCACACUGGCAGGCAGCGACGGCGGCGGGGGGGGGGGGGGAGGCGGUUCGGAUAACGGGACCUACCCAGCCCACCAGGAGAUGCCGGGGAAUGCACCUGGGACCUCUUGCGGGCAAAGCAGGCGCUCUAUACCACUGGGCUACAGCUCCUCUUUUAUAAAUCAAGAAAGGUUCUAGUCCUCAUGCUUCUGAAUUACAGGCUGGUUGAAUGGGAACAUAAGAAGCUGCCUGGCAACAGCUCUCUCUCUCUCUCUAAUAAGGGGGUAUUCCCAGCCCUACCUGGAGAUGACAUCAGCAAUUGAACCUGGGACCAUUCUGCGUGCAAAGUGGAUGCUCUGCCAAUGAGCCUCUGCUUGGAGCUGCCUUAUAUCAAUUGUGCCAGGCAGUUAGUCUUUCUAGCUCAGUAUUGCUGGUGGCAGCUCUCCAAGGUUUUGGCAACGGGAGGCAUUCCCAGACCACUAGGGAAUGGUGGGCAUUGAAUCUAGGAGUAUGAGGAGCUGCCUUAUGCACGCUGGAUGGCCCUCUGUCAAGGAUGCUUUAGCUGAGAUGCCUUCAUUCCAAGGGGUUGGACUGGAUGACCCUUGGGGUCCCUUCCAACUCUACAAUUCUGUGAUUCUAUACUGAGUCAGACCUUUGGUCUUUCUAGCUCAGUGUUAUCUACCCUGACUGGCAGUAGUGGCUGCCCAGGGUUUCCCAUGUGGAGAUAUUCCCAGCCACACCUAGAAAUGCUAGGGACUAAACCUUCUGCAUGCAAAGCAGGUGUUCUGCCACAGAGGUGUGUAAUCCUUCCACUGAAAAUAAGCAUAAAAUUCUAGUUCUGAAUAAAGAGCUGGAGCAGGAAGCUGCCUUUUGCUGAGUCUGACCAUUGGUCCAUCUAGGUCAGUACUGCUUACACUGACGGGCAGCGGCCCUCCAUGGCUUCAGGCGGAUAGUUUUCCCCCAGCCCUGCCUGGAGGUGCCAUUGGGGAUUGAACCUGGGACCUUCUGCAUGCAAAGCAGAUGCUCUGAAAUUGCGCGGUGGCCUUUCUCCUAGCCCCUGUGGAAUUGCGUCGUAAAAUUGCACCUAAAUCUGCAGCGGCGACUUCCAAGGAAGGUUGUUUCGUGUCAAGGUUGCCAGCUGGAUUGCCUUGCCUCUGAGGUUUUUAAUUUUAAUUUGUGUCCUGGGUGUGUGUGCACGCGCGUGCCUUGUUUCGAUGAUGCCAAAAACGAAAGCCUAGCAGAAAACAAGCCGGAGAUGUUUGCUGGGCUGUGCGGGUGUCAGCAGGCAGACAGCAUGUGCUUUGCAGUUAGAAAUCUGUUGGGAGCUUCAGGGGAGGAAAAAAGAAAGCGCUUCUUGACAUAGUGCAUAGUUCGUACUGGGGCAUUUGUUCCCACAAGAGGGAGCAAUGGCCACCAAGGUGAAUGAAAUUUAAGAGUGGGCUCACAGAGGCUGUCAUGGUGGUAGUGCUCUCCCUUCCACUGUUGAAGGCAGGAUGGUGGGGAUCACAAGAGGAGAGAGUGUUGCUGUUGGCAAUCAGGUUCUGCGUGUGGGCUUCUCUUUGGGGCAUCCGGUUGGCCGCUGUGAGAUGCGGGGUCCUGGACUAGUUGCACCCAGUGUUAGAAAUUAGCCAGGAGCCAGGCGCGUUUUGCUACUGGCGUGGGUCCAGUUGCAACCACGAGGGGAUUUCUGGAUGGCAGUUGGGUAACCACAGUUUAAAAACCUCUGCCUCUGUUCAUAGUUAUUACCAUUUCCACUGUGUCUUUCCCCCCCCUCCUUCUUGCAUUCUGGGGCAAGUGAAUUGUAAGAGCAAGCUACAGUCAAGCAAUGUAGUUGAGAUCAGAGAAUCUUGGAAGGAACUCCAAGGUGCAUCUAGUCCAACCCCCUGGUGAAUAGACUAUGGUGACUGUAACCUAGGUUCAAGGUGCCAUUUGGCGAAUAGCUUAUAUAUCUGAGUUUCUAACACUGGAUGCACCCCCAUGGGCCUGUUCCAGCAGCUAGGCUUCCGGUGUUCUUAGAAGCUUCUAGGUUUGAUCUUCAGCGUCUCCUAUUAUAAAAAUCUUGGGUAACAGGGUUGGGAAAAGACCUGUCUUUGCCUGAAACCUGCUUCCAGGGAGUCGGGCCACUGGAUGGGGCUGAUGGGGGAGAUGUAGUCCAAAACAUAGAGAGAGGGGGGCACCAGUUUGGGACUGGCCAGCACAGACAAUACUCAGGAGAACAGCAGACUUGCAAGUGUUGUAGCUUGUGCAGGAGGCUUGGAGCUGGUGUUUAGAACGAUUUAACGAUUUAGAACGAUUCGGGCCACUGGAUGGGGCUGAUGGGGUGGCUCUUUAGAGAAAAAAAGUCAGUUGCAAUUAACAAAGAAGAAUAAGGAUGGGGAAGAAUCCCCCCCCCCCCAGAAUAAGGCCAAUGAGGAGUUGCUAUGCUUGGUAGGUGAUGGCACUGAAUGUUGAAUAUGAGUUUGAAACAUAAACUGGUUUUUUAUGUAAGAGUUCAGUGGAGUAUCCUGCUGAAGGGCAUGGCUGACUGGCUGGCAGGUACCCCGAACUGGAAUGCUCCUGUUGACAGGGAUGAAGAUUACAUUGCAGUAGUUUGUUGUGGGCCAUGCAUUUAUGCAAUGGAAUGGAGUACACGGUUGUUUGGCUGGCUGGCUGGCUGGCUGGCGGGUCCCCUGAACAGGAACAGGGGCAUAGAUAACAUUGCUAUAUUUUGUUGCUGGUUCCACUUGCCACUGUAUACAUUUAAAUGAUUUAUAAAGGUUUAAAACAACAUUUUAACUUUUAUUAAUCAUGCAUUGGGGAUUGGUCCUCCCCUCCCCCCCGGCAAAUCUUUCGUUCUUGCUCAGUGAUGGCGCGGAAUCAGUGUGAAUUCUUGUGUAGCACAUUAAUAGGCUAAGAAAUGUGUUAUUAUGGGGUCUGUCAGCCACAGCAGCCUGACACUCUUUUUUAAAAAAAAUAAUUUUUAUUAACCGACCAAUCAAAUCAAAUCACAUCACAUCACAUAAAUUCCGAAUUACAAAGCCGAAUUUUAAAUUUUUGUUGAGGGGACCCAUAUUUCAAGUUUCGAAGGGGGAUUCCGAUCAUCUUCUUGCUACUGCGUUCAUAUCAGCAGCCUGACACUCUUUUACCCCUGUGGAAACGGCCAUGGUUCUUGUGGAGUGGAAAUGUCAAUCGGCAGCUAAUUAUCACUGCUGUGGAACCGGGCUCUUCCACUUGGCUUUUUUGCAAUAUUUACAACUCACAUUUCAUUGACUCGUCUAAGAGUUGGUUGGAAUACUUGUUGAGUUUGAUAUCUAUAUCUAUCUAUCUAUCAUCUAUCUAUCUAUAUCUAUCUAUCUAUCUAUCUAUCUAUCUAUCUGUCUAUCUAUCGAGUUGGCUUCAUUCUGGAGAGUUUGCAUUUCUGGCUUGAACGUCUGCCAAUUUCAUUCCUGAGUUUUGUGCUAAAGGGCGGUUGCCACCUUUCCUGGCCUGACCCUGCACCUCUUGGCGAGUUGCUUUGGUACCUCUCUUCCAACAGCACAAAUAGCUUUGGAGGGCUUUUUUCUUUUUACUGUGCUCCUAGCAUGGGGGAAUCAAGUUGAAAACAACAGCCGCCCUCCUUGGCCCUUGCUGCAAACUUGAGCCUUGUUGCCCCCCUCCCCCGCAAAUAGGAGCAGAACCGGGGGCCUUCUGCAUGCAAGGAGAUGCCCUGUUCUCCCUCUAAAAAUAAAGAAACAUUCCAGUCCUCAUGGUUCUGAUUUAAAUAGGAAUAGAGGAAGCUGCCUUAUAUUGAGUCAGGUCACUGGCCCAUCUAGCUCAAUAUUGUCUGCACUCACUGGCAACUGAUCUCCAGCGUUUCAGGCAGUGGGACAUAUCCAGCCCUACCUGGAAUUGCCACUGGGGAUUGAUCCUGGGACCAUCUGCAUGCAAGGCCAGAUGCCCUGCCACUGAGCUACACUCCCCUCUAUUUAAAUCAGGAGUGGGGGAACCCUUUUCAGCUCGAGGGCCGCAUUGUGUUGUGAGCAACCUCUUGGGGGCCGCAUGGCAGGGCCAAAGGCAGAAAUGGGCAGAGCAACAAAUUUGCUUCAUAGAAAACGUCAGGGGUUUGAUACAUGAGCACCCCACCGACACAAUUUUACACCUUCUUCCGCGUAAGCGCAGAAGCACAGUCGCAGGCAGGUCAAAGCACACAAGGGGAGCUUAUCCAGGUGAUCUGGGUUGUGGACCUGGAAGGGGCAUGUGAAAAAGCCCCCAGGGCCAGAUAGGGAAGCCUGGAGGGGCCACAUUUGGCACCCUGAGCCAGAGGUUUCCCUACUCAUCAUCAUCAUCAUUUUGUUUGUAUGCCGCCUUUCCAUAGUUGAAACCAUGCUCAAGGCGGCUUACAACAUGACGAGGUUUACACAGCUACAAACGUAACAGAAGUCAUGAACAAUAAAUAAAACACAUCAAAAAGUAUACAACCAAAUGGAAACAAUUUCCACAUAAAUAAUAAGAUCCCAAACCAAAGAUACAACAAUAACAUCAAUAGCAGCAACAACUUCUCCCAACCCCCUGUAAACAAGUUAAGGGUUUGAAAAAGAAUCACACAGUGCUAAACAGGCUUGAACGUUAGAGGCAUUUGGAGCCUCAAACCUGCACAGAGUUUAGGUAAAGGGACCCCUGACCAUUAGGUCCAGUUGCGGACGACUCUAGGGUUGCGGCGCUCAUUUUGCUUUACUGGCCGAGGGAGCCGGCGUACAGCUUCCGGGUCAUGUGGCCAGCAUGACUAAGCCGCUUCUGGUGAACCAGAGCAGCGCACAGAAACGCCGUUUACCUUCCCGCCAGAGCGGUACCUAUUUAUCUAAUUGCACUGGUGUGCUUUCGAACUGCUAGGUUGGCAAGAGCAGGGACCGAGCAACGGCAGCUCACCCCGUUGCGGGGAUUCGAACCGCCGACCUUCUGAUCGGCAAGUCCUAGGCUCUGUGGUUUAACCUACAGUGCCACCCAUGUCCCUGCACAGAAGUUUAGUUAGGUGCUAAUAGUAGUUAGGUUACUAUUCCUAGCUUGGUGGCGAAGAAACAGGAACAUUUUUGGCCUACUAAAUUACUGUGUUCGAACAGAUUUAGAAGGGACGCUGGGCAUGUAUAAAUACACAGUGUGUAUUUAUGAUGUGGCUUGCAGGGUGUUCUGAAUAAGCUUUGUGGUUGUCCGUCUGCACAGUGAGGCUAUAGAUGUUUAGACUACAACUCCCUUCAUCCAUGGCCAUUGGCCAUGCUGGCAGGGAGCCUAAGCAGAGCCCCACUGGAUCAGACCAAAGGAUGCUCCAGCGUCCUCUUCUCACAAUGUUCAAGCAGAUGCCCCAAUGGGAGCCUGCGAGCAGGACCUGAGAGCAAGAGCCAUGCUCUCCCCAUGUGUGAUUCCCAGCAAAUGGUCCCCAGACGCAUACUGCCUCAUUGAUAACCUUCUCCUCCAUGCAUUGUGUAUCGCCCUUGCCAAGCCACCCAGGUUGAACUAUGUGCCAUAUUAUCUUUAGGGCAGACUUUUUUCAUACAGCGCAUAGUUAAUUUAUGGAACUCUCUCCCACAGGAGACAGCAAUGGCCCCCAAUUUAGAUGGCUUUGAAAAAGGAUUGGGCAAGGCUGUUGAUGGCUUCCAGCUACGAUGGCUACCAUCAGAGAUAGCAAUGUUUCUCCAUCCCUGGGAUACAGCGGUUGUCACCCUUGGGCCAAUCACAGCCCUGCCUUGCCGUGGCUAUUCAUUCUUCUAGCAUGUCACAGGAGUUCUGCUGGCAUUUUAUCGGCGCUGUUGGCAUUCUGUUGAAUUUCCACCAGAUCCUAAUUUCCCUGCCCCUGCCCUUGGAAAAAGCUGGUCUCAGAUGCAAUAGAGGGUGGUGACCUUUACAAAUCUCGAAGAUUUCCGAGGUUGGCUUCAGACGUUGUUGGAAAACCUGCCUCCCCACCCCAUUGCUGGGGGUGGGGGGUGCUGAAGUAGCACCCCACAAAUCCUCAUACCCAAGCGGUGGCUGGGAGAAGGAACCGGAGGUGUGUGUGUGUGUGUGUGUGUACACAGCCUGUGCCUUUUGUCUGAGGGAAGCCGCUCUCACCAAAGGAUCAUUAAUGCAAGCUGUGUGUUUUGUCGGAAGGGGAAUUAUGCUAAUCGCCUUACAAAUGAUGCUUUGAGUCGUGCCUGGAGGUUAAUUAAGGGGCCUUUCCCCUCUGAAAGAGGGGCACUGUGUCUGUUUAAAAAUGCAAACACUGUUUUAGAUCGAAGGAUUGGUCUCCCUGGACUUCUUGUUUUGCAGCUUGAGAGCGAUGUGUCUAGCUUCAUUAUAUAUAUUUAUAUUUUACCCCCACUUCCAAUAUCCCAGGCCCGGAAUGGGGAAGUCUGUGGUCCUCCAUAGGUUGUCUCCAUCUCCCAUCAGCCCUUGCAGGAGUGAGGGGACACUGAGGGUCACAGCUUGCACCUCCUUGUCCCUCUUGGUCCUCACAUGCUGCUUUUCUAGGUGCAAGGAUCCCUCCCCCCUGCCCUGUAUUCUCCUUAAUGGGGCUAAACUUCCUCAUCUGUACCCUAAAUGAUGCAUCUGCAGGGUGGGGAGCCUAUAUUGCCUAAUGCUCUGGAUUAUGUACUUCAGAUCUUGGGUCCUUAGGUUUCUUGAAGCCUCAGGGCCUAUUACUAACCCCAGCCCUAGCAAUCGGUUAUCACAGUGAGACCAGCAGAAGCAAUCAUCGCUCCUAUUAACAUCAUUCAGCUGUGUGCGCUGUUCCUUUUGCAACCAAACCACUUGCCGUCCAUGCACAAGAGUACAGCAGGCUUGUGGGAACUUCUUGCAGAAGUAGGAAAAAAAAGCUUUUUUUGCAUGGGGAAAACCUAAAACUGAAAAGCAUCCAGUGAGCAUGCUUAAGAAUUUUGUUUAACUUUUUUGGAGUGUGUGUGUGUUAGGAAAUUGAAUGGAGUGGUCUUGGCAGAGGGCCUGGCUGGCACCCUGGCAAGGAACGCAGCCCACUGCAACAUUUUGUUGCAGGUCAUGCCUGUUGGUUCAGUCUCAGGUUAGCUUAGGCAACAGAUCUCUUUCCUGGCUAUCUGUUUAUUCAAGGGAAGGAACCUUUUCCAGCCCAGAGGGUGGCCCUGAGAGAGAAACUGGGGGAGGGGGGCUUUGGGAAGUGCCUCUCCUUGCUGGGAAACGCUCUCCCUAUUUGGCACAGGGGAGUAAUUCAAUUCAGUUUGAAUCUUAGCAAUAUGCAAAGCACACCCACCCUUCGAAAUCUCCUCCAAAUUCUGCAAAUGGGUGGGUAUUCCAAAUCCUACAUGGAGAUGCAUGGGAUUGAACCCUCAACCUUCUGUGUGUCAAACAGAUUCUCUGUUGCUGAGCUGCAGUCCACCCACCCCCAAAAUUAAUGUGCUACGGAUUAAUUAAUAUGAAUGAAUCACACGUUGUGAAUUGGGGAGACUUGGAUGAAGCUAACCAUGUGUCUCUUUGGGUUUUCCCCCGGGAGCGUGCAGCGUCUGCUAAGAUACUGAUCCGUCAGGAAGGACGGGGGUGCAAGAACCUGGGGGGCUCCUCUAAUGAGGAUUCCAUUCUUGAUGUUGAUCGGGUGGCAGGGAAGGACCCCUUCGCUCCUCUGGAGCAGUAAUGAAGGCAGGUUGGGAACAAGAGAAAGUGGGGGGGGGGUCUGAUCUGGCAAACUACGGCACCCGAGGUGGCCGCCUAAUUAAAAUUUCAUUAAGCUUCUUUGCCUGCCUUGGUGGGGGUCUCUGGCUGCACAACUGAUGUGCUAAUGCCUUCGCUUGCCUCUUUCCUUUCUCUUCCCCACCCUGUCUAUCAUCUCCUCCCCCUCCCAGAUUAAAAAAAAGCAGCAUUGUGUGGACUGCACACAGCAAUCAUCCCCUCUCCCUUCUCCCCAGAAACAUCAGCAAUGGGCUGGGUUUAUUACAGGAACUUGCUUUAAACCAAGGCAGAGUUAUUUGCACAUCUACCCACUGUUGGCAACUCUGACUGGCAGAGCAGGGUUCCCCACCUCAUCCCCCGUUGCCUGCUACACUGGGGGGUACCUGUAACCACUCUAACCACUAUGCAAUACUGCCUGUUGGUCCUAUGACUUUACCCUUGUCCAGCCACUUCCAUCACCUCCGAUUGCAGGAUUGCUUUGGUUUUCAUUCGUUAUGGAAAAUAAAGGCAAUUGUCGUCUGCAGGCUUUGCGCACGAACCAACGCUGUCAACUCUGGUCAACUCUCACGGCUGCAGCUUGGAGAUGAUCGCAUAUGUGAAUGGAAGGGUGCUUGGGGGUUGUGGGGCUGGCUGCAAAAAGGUGCAGCCUGGAAUCUAUUCAUAGAUCAAGGGAGAUGAAAGCAUCGCAUUAAGAAAGGCUUCCUUGCUGUUUUUGAAUCCUCACCCCCUGGAGCGUGAGAGGCGUUUCUAGGGAAACGAGUAUUGCUGAGCAUCUGCAGAGUCCAGUACGAUUGCACUUCACCACUGUGUUCAAUAAAUGGGGGAAAAAACCAUAGUAUCGCUGAGCAUGUGCAGAGUUCAGUGCAACUGCAUUUUACCCGGACCUCUGAUAACUCUGCUCAAAGAGUGAGGGCUUUUAAGAGAAGGGUAGGCAGGCACUUUCCAGGGACAGAUUGCUGUCCCUUUGGAAAGGGGGUUGGUUUGGAUGACCUCCCAGGUGCCCCCACAACUUACUUUUGAUCCUAACUUUGUGUUUCCUCAAGACUUUGAACUCUGGCACUUCUCCUGAAUGUUUUCUUGUACUGCACUUGCAAACCAAAUGUCAACUGUUGUGUUUCAGAGCUGGGGAUGUGCAAGCCUUCUAGAUGGUGCUUGGCUGCAACUCCCAUUAUUUUCCCUGACCGUGGAGCUAUGCUGGCUGAGGCUGGUGGGAGUUGGGAGUCCAGUCCAACAACAUCUGGAGUACCACAGAUAUUCCCCAUCUCCAGUCGACUUGGCGGGUGAGCAGAGGUGAUAGAAUCAUAGAAUUGUAGAGUUGGAAGGGACCGCAAGGGUCAUCUAGUCCAACCCCCCCCCCAAGGAUCCUGGGAAUUGUAGUUUACCCCUAGAGCUGCAAUUUCCAUCUAAGGGACCCCUGACCAUUAGGUCCAGUUGUGGCUGACUCUGGGGUUGCGGCGCUCAUCUCGUACAGCUUCCGGGUCAUGUGGCCAGCAUGACUAAGCCGCUUCUGGCGAACCAGAGCAUUUCACAGAAAUGCCAUUUACCUUCCCUCCGGAGUGGUACCUAUUUAUCUACUUGCACUUUGAUGUGUUUUUGAACUGCUAGGUUGGCAGGAGCAGGGACUGAGCAACGGGAGCUCACCCCGUCACGGGGAUUCGAACUGCCGACCUUCUGAUCAGAAAGUCCUAGGCUCUGUGGUUUAACCCACAGCGCCACCCGCGUCCCUAAUUUCCAUCUAGUCCAACCCUAACCCUAAUCAUUGUCCUUAGCAAACUACAGCUCUCAGGAUUUUUCGGGGGAAGUAAAUGUACAAUGGAGAUGUGGCCACAUGUGGUGUGAAGAGCAAUGAAUCAAAGAGAACUUGAGCAAAAUAAGUAUCUUCUCCCCACGCCCCAAUUGGCUCUGUCCCCUGACUCCAAUCCUGCUUACUUCCCUGGUGAGCCGGCAUUGAGCCAUAUGGGCUUUUCAGAGCAUUCUGUGACAUCAGAGCACUUCCACCUAUGAUUGGGGAGGGCUGGAGCUUGUAGAUAACAGCCAGGUGGUUAAUUUUUUUAGCCUGACCUCUUUUGAAUUUUGAGAGUUCACCAAUAAGAUAUGCAGAAUCCAAGUAUUUGAAAUUCUCUUCUUCCCUCUUGUUACAAACAGCUUUACUUAACUUUCUAAUAAAAGGAUAGAAUAAAGAGGUUUGAUACUUGUUUUAAAAGCACUAUUUGUAGAGAAUGAAUAUGUCAUAAACAUCAUUGUCUGUAAUAAACAUUAACUUGUGAGGUUGCCAAAUGCACAAAUUGGCCCCAGUGCUUCUGUUUAGUCAGGUUGUCAACUUCCUAAACAUGUGCAUUUUAAUUGUGACACCCUUCCCCUCCCUCCAGACACAAGAGGGUCCCCCUACCCCAUAGUUUGAGGACUCGGCUUCUACUACUCCUUAACUAGGGAGGUGCUUUCCAUGGUUUCAUUCUCCUCUCUUGGUCACUAUUGAUCUCUUUCGAUCCCACAAGCAGAAUCUAUUUUUUUGAAUUAUUUCCCUGCCAACAAAAGGCCAUAAAAUAUCCCUGUCUCCUGCUUCUCUUCCCACCCCCAAUCCUACUCCUGAGGGUGAUUAAUUGUUUAUCCCCCAAACAAAUUAAGAGCCUCUUGGCGGGCCCAUCAAUAUGCCUUUAUGUGGCCUAAUAAAUCCUGAUUAAUGACAGACCCGUAUAAAUCUCUGUAUUACCUUUUCGGUGGGUGGUACGAGGUGUGAGCUUCAGCCAUCCUCUCGGUUUAAAAAACACACACGAAACUUUAAGACCUGUAUGCGGAACAAUACUUAAAUCGGUUAGUUAAUUCACAGUUGAAUUAAAAUGUGCUCAACAGAUUAUUCUGAAGGCCAAGGAUAAGAACUUGUGUCUGUUCCCCACCUGACUGGCAAAGACUGACUUUCCUGUUAAGACAGCCAGAGUGUCUUUGGUUAGAGAUACGACAGAACAAAAUUAAGAGCAUUAAACUGAGUUGCUUUGUUUGCAGUUUGACAGUGUAACCGACUCACUCAGAAGCUGCUGGGCUCUUUUCUUGGAUGUUUUUCAACAGAGGUUGGAUGGCUACCUAUCAGGGAUGCUUAAACUGUGAUUCCUGCAUUGCAGGGGGUUGGACUAGAUUAUGUUUGGGGGUCCCUUCCAACUCUAUGAAUCUACGAGUCAGCAGUCUCUCUUAUUGGAUUGCCACUUGGUGGCUGGAUGACAGAGCAGCCUUCUCCAAUUCAUAGUCCUGGCAAAGGGAAAAACCCACUGGUGGCUUGGUACAUGUAUGAGCUCACAGGCUGCUUAUAGAACAAGGCUGAAGAACCUCUGAUCAGGAGCCAAAUGCAGCCCCCCCAGGUCUCUCCCUCUGGCCCCCUGGAACUCUCCCCAGGCCACACCUCCUCCCCUCAGGCCACGCCCCUCACCAGCCCGGCUUCACACCCUCCUUGAAUGGUUUUGCCUGGCUGGAAAUGUGUCCUUGGACUCGGACAACGUCCCUUGCUCGCCUGGAUGGAGGGUAGAGAAAAAAGUGUGUGAGUGACUAUAUACAGAAACUAACUUGAUAGAUACCUCUGUCCUGUAUGCCUGAAGGAGCGUCUUCACCCCCAUCGUUCUGCCUGGACACUGAGGUCCAGCGCCGAGGGCCUUCUGGCGGUUCCCUCACUGUGAGAAGUCAAGUUACAGGGAACCAGGCAAAAGGCUUUCUUGGUGGUGGCGCCCACCCUGUGGAACGCCCUUCCACCAGAUGUCAAAGAGAAGAACAACUACCAGACUUUUAGAAGACAUCUGAAGGCAGCCCAGUUUAGGGAAGCUAUUAAUGUUUAACAGACCACUGUAUUUUAAUAUUUUGUUGGAAGCCACCCAGAGUGGCUGGGGAAACCCAGCCAAAUGGGUGGGUUAUAAAUAAAUUAUUAUUUAAAAUUUAUUCUUCUUUUAUUAUUAUAAUAUUUAAUUAUAUCCUGACUUUACCCCUGACUGGGAGUCAAGGUGGCUUACAUGAAUUAAAACAACCCAUAUAAAAUACGGAAAGCUAAAAAGAUAUGAAAAAUAUUAGUUAAGAAGUAAUCAAUCUAAAUCAAACAAUAUUUAAAACAAAUCUGUUAAAAUACAGACAGUAAAAACAGCACAGAAUUAUUAUAAGCCCUUUCCUUGAAAAUAACAGUCAGUUCCACAAAGGGAGUCACUCUAGCUUCUCUAGGCAGGGAGUUCCAAAGUUGUCUUGGGGCAGCCACCAAGAAGGCCCUCUCCUGCAUCCCCACCAAGCAUGCCUGUGAGGGUGGCAGGACUGAGAGAAAGGCCUCCUCUGAAGAUCUCUGAGCCCAGGCAGAUGUGAAUGGGAGUGUCCUCUGUUCCAUCUAGUGGCUGACAUUGCAUGGUAAAAGGCUCCCUUCCCCCCAAAUAAAUAAACGUAUCAACAGAUGCUGCAAUUGUUAAGCACGGGCGGGACAGAUUGUGUUUUUGUGUCUUUCCCCAGUCAGCCUUUCCUUUUGCCGCUGAACUAUUUUUGGCACGUUCCCUUCCAACUCUUUCCUGUUUCUCUCUCUCUCUUUUUCUCUCGCCCCAGAUUUCCUUCCUGCUCUGUAGUAAAGGACAAGGGAGGCUCUGACUUCCCGAAAGGUCAAAGACCGGUGUGUGUGGCUGUUUUUUUAUUGUUCUAGCAGCUGAUCACAGUAAUUUAGUUUUCCUGUUUUAGAGAAGUGGUGCCGUUUUUAAAAAAGCACUCUGCAUUCCUGCGGGACCUGCCUUUGUGCAGGACACAGACGAACUGGCCGCCUUCACCGUGUGAGUCUGCUUGGCAGGCAGACAAGUCAGUAGAGGCUCCUUAUUUUUCCAGGGUUGUUGUGGUGGUUGUGUUUUUUUCCACAGUUCCACAGUUAGCAGAUACUUUGCACUUCAAGAUGAAUCAUAGGCACAUAAAAAAUUGCCGUAAAGGUAAAGGUACCCCUGACCGUUAAGUCCAGUCGCGGACAACUCUGGGGUUGCACGCUCAUCUCGCUCUAUAGGCCAAGGGAGCCAGCAUUUGUCCACAGAGAGCUUCCAGGUCAUGUGGCAAGCAUGACUAAGCCGCUCCUGGCGAACCAGAGCAGCGCACGGAAACGCCAUUUACCUUCCCCCGGAGCGGUACCUAUUUAUCUACUUGCACUUUUGUGCUUUCGAACUGCUAGGUUGGCAGGAGCAGGGACCGAGCAACGGCAGCUCACUCCAUUGCAGGGAUUUGAACCGCCGACCUUCUGACUGGCAAGCCCUAGGCUCUGUGGUUUAACCCACAGCGCCACCCGCAUCCCUUACACUGAGUCUAAUCAUUAGUUUGCCUGGCUUGGUAUUGUCCGUUCUGUUGGUGUCCAGUUUCCAGAGUUUCAGAUAGCAGGAUGUUCCCAGCCCUACUUGGAGACUGAGCAUAGGCCAUUCUGCUUGCAAGGCAGGUUCUCUACCUCUGAGCUGCCGUUCUUUCCCUAAAUAUAAAGUGAGAUUCUAUUCCUAAUGCCCCUGGAUGAAGCGACUGAAUUAAACAGGAAGUUGCCUUAAACUGAGCCAGACCUUUGGUCCACCUAUCUCACCUGGACAUGACGGGGGUUGAACCUGGACCCAUCUGCAUGCAGAACAGGUGCUCCCCUGCUCAGCUGAGGCCAUUCCCUGCUCUUUUGUAAACACACAGCCUGCCAUCCCCGGGAGCUGAGAGGCAAUCUGUUUCCUUGCAUGAAUGCAGCUUCUGGCACAGACUUUCCUCUCUACCCCCCCCAACCUUAAAUGGAAGCUCCAUUCCCCCGCAGGGAAACUCUGAAGCAAGCCGAGUGAUGGUGAUGGCGAAGGGGGUGGGGAGAGGCAUGGGAGGCAGGGAGUGGAGUACUCUCUUGCUCGGUUCCAGUAAAUAAUACAUCAAGAUGGCAGAUCAGAAAUGAAAUUAUCAUUGGAAAUGCAGAAGCACUGGCUAGUAAUCACAUGCAGACCACUACGUUGUGUUUUUGAGUGUGUGUGUGUGUGUGUGUGUGCAGGGGGGCUACUUUUGCCCUCUUGAUUAAUUAUGUAGGUGAGAGAAGGUGAGGUAUCUUCUUAUAUUAUUAUUGUGCUGCUCCCUGCAAUGCAUGGAUUAUUGGGGGAGAGUUAUGAAACCCCUCCUUGAUAUGGGGCAGAGGGAUUUGCUUUGAUCAGCUUGGAGGACAAAGAGAAAGCUGGUUCCAAAUGGGAAUGUGCACAUCUGGAGGGCCACCCCCUCCCACCGGCCUGGCUCCCAUUGGUCAUGCUGGGAGUUGCAAUCCCGCAGCCCAAAACCCUUAAGCGGUUUCAGCACCAUGGUGAGUUCCAAGUGAGCCGCUUGCCCCACCAGGCAAGGAGGCCAGUGGUUUCAGCACCAUGGAGAGUUCCGCUUCCCCCAAAUAAGACCAUCAAAGUGCUCUGCUGGAUCUUUCAGUGUACAGAUCUACAGUGGUACCUCGGGUUAAGAAUUUAAUUCGUUCCGGAGGUCCGUUCUUAACCUGAAACUGUUCUUAACCUGAAGCACCACUUUAGCUAAUGGGGCCUCCUGCUGCCGCCCGGCCGCCGGAGCACGAUUCCUGUUCUCAUCCUGAAGCAAAGUUCCUAACACGAGGUACUAUUUCUGGGUUAGGGGAGUCUGUAACCUGAAGCGUAUGUAACCUGAAGCGUCUGUAACCCAAGGUACCACUGUAUAUGCAAAAGAGGUGUCUUUAUUCACCUUCCUCCCUUAAGAACAGAAGAAGCUAUGGAGGAGCUGCCCCCCACCCAAAAAAUGUUGGCGGAUUUCAUAAUAAUAAUCAUAAUAAUAAAAGUUAUUUAUACCCCGCCCUCCCCAGCCAAGACCGGGCUCAGGGUGGCUAACACCAAAUAUAAAAACAAUUGAUUAGAAUACAGCUUAAAAAACAUAAAUAAAAUACAACAUUAAAAUGCAGCCUCAUUUCAGUGGAACUCAAUCAAAAACUUUUUUUGGGAUAAAAACGUCAAGUCUUCACCAAGGCUAACUAUCCAGACUGGUCCUACAUGGGCCAGAAAAAAAGCCAGGGAAGUCCCCAAAUAGGAGUUCCAACACAGAAGAAGAAAGGAAAAAAGUAAGAGGGGGAGUGGAUCAAGUUGAUUCCAAGCCAAAGGCCAGGCGGAACAACUCUGUCUUACAGGCCCUGCGGAAAGAAAUCAGAUCCCGCAGGGCCCUGGUCUCAUGAGACAGAGCGUUCCACCAGGCUGGAGCCAGUGUUGAAAAGGCCCUGGCUCUGGUUGAAGCUAAUCUGAUUUUCUUAGGGCCCGGGACCUCUAGGGUGUUGCUAUUUAUGGACCUUAAGGUCCUCCGUGGGGCAUAUCGGGAGCUCUCAUGGUCCCUGCCCAUUGCUCAUACUGGCUGGGGGGCCAAUGGUUGCCCCACCACAGCUGUGGCUGAAGCCUGGUCCAUCCAGAGAAGGUACCCAUGAGGCAGAGAGUUCCAAGUGAAUGGCUUGCCCCAGCUAAGACUAACAGAAGAGCCUGGCUACUGGAUCAUGCCAGAGGGGCCUCAUCUCAUAGAAUCAUAGAAUCAUAGAGUUGGAAGAGACCACAAGGGCCAUCGAGUCCAACCCCCUGCCAAGCAGGAAACACCAUCAGAGCACUCCUGACAUAUGGUUGUCAAGCCUCUGCUUAAAGACCUCCAAAGAAGGAGACUCCACCACACUCCUUGGCAGCAAAUUCCACUGUCGAACAGCCCUAGUCCAGCAUCCUGUUCUCACACCAGGUACCCCAAUGGGAAACCCACAGACGGGGUGCAAGAGCAUUCCCCUCUCCCCCUCGUGCUAGAAGCAUGCGGCUUCUGGCCCUGGAGCCAGUAGGCAGCAUCUAAUGCGUUCCCCGGCUGCGUGGCGCCAGGUCAUGCGUCCAUUAAUGGGAGCUUAUCUAGCCCCCGGAUGAUGCGGGUGAAGAAAGGAGCAAAAUGAAUUUCUUUUACGAGCCCAUGUAGUAUGGCGGGUGAGUGGGGGAGAGAAGGUGUUGGUUGAGGAAAUGAAUUCCAGCUAUGAAUACCGAAUGGAAUCUCUAAAUUACUGCGUGCACGUGAAAUGUUCUUUUCCUGCUGUUUGGGGGCGGGAAGGAGAGGGCUCAUCAGGGUUCUUCUCGGGUGUAAUUCUUGGGCAAAGUAUCCGUGGACAGCAUACUAAAGAGCCGAGAGAUGAGAACCUCUCUAUGUAGUAGAGUGUAGUAGUGGUGUAGUGGUUAAGAGUGGUGGACUCGUAAUCUGGGGAACCGGGUUCGCGUCUCCGCUCCUCCACAUGCAGCUGCUGGGUGACCUUGGGCCAGUCACACUUCUCUGAAGUCUCUCAGCCCCACUCACCUCACAGAGUGUUUGUUGUGGGGGAGGAAGGGAAAGAGAAUGUUAGCCGCUUUGAGACUCCUUCGGGUAGUGAUAAAGCGGGAUAUUAAAUCCAAACUCUUCUUCUUCUUCUAUGUGUGGCGAGUACACAUUAUUGGAAGCGAACUCAUUGGAACUUCUAAAAAGACGCAUACUAGAUUCCAUUGGCAAUUACCGAGUGUUUAAAAUUAUUGCAAUUUCCACUCCUUGGUCCUUAAGUCCUGCUCCAUCUUCUGCACAAUAGCCUUCCUGAUUUGAAACGUAUUCAUUUGUCUGUGUUAAAAAUGUAUAUCCUGCUUUUCACCAUCUAGCCCUCGAAAGCGGCUUUGCGACGAUAAAGAUACAUGCAAUGUACACAGAGGUGCUUCUGUUCUCCCUGGCUGGCUGGGCGCCUUCUGCGAAGGGUGCAUUUUAAUUAAGGGACGUUCAGGAGCGGCCGGCAGGGCUGGUAACUGGAUCCGUUUAAUCUAUCAGCGGAGGCAGCGAGACGGGUCGGCAGCCUCUAAUGGCACUUGUGUGUUCAAUCUCUAAUCCCGCCAAGCAUGUAAUACAUUUCCUAUUAAUGCUCAACUGCCGGCAUCCUGAUCGCCCUGGGGACCGAGCGGCGGGUGAACCGUGGGCGAUAGAUUUAACGGCACGAAAGGGACCGCGAGAGGUGUGCGUGUGUUACAGGGAGUUGGGGAGCAAACUCGGGUCCUGAUCCAUCCUGUGUUCUGCUUCCUGUGAGACAAAUGAUGUUCUUUAAUUAUUGUGUGUAAGAACAAAAGGCGUUGGCCCUUCAGGCUUCUCUGCCUGGCCCACAGAACUCUCUCCAGGCCACAUACCCCCAUCUGCAGGUGAUUCCCCUCUAUGGCCCUUGCUUUGCACCAUUCAUGGGUACUUCUGCUGGGCUGGAAAUGCAUAUUUCUAUGGCUCCUCCCGUGGGAUGCGGGUGGCGCUGUGGGUUGAACCACAGAGCCUAGGACUUGCCGAUCGGAAGGUUGGCGGUUCAAAUCCCCGUGAUGGGGUGAGCUCCCGUUGCUCGGUCCCUGCUCCUAGCAGUUUGAAAGAACGUCAAAGUGCAAGUAGAUAAAUAGGUACCGCUCUGGCGGGAAGGUAAACGGCGUUUCCGUGCGCUGCUCUGGUUCACCAGAAGCGGCUUAGUCAUGCUGAUCACGUGACCCAGAAGCUGUACGCUAGCUCCCUCGGCCAAUAAAGCGAGAUGAGAGCCGCAACCCCAGAGUCGGUCACAACUGGACCUAACAGUCAGGGGUCCCUUUACCUUUAUGGCUCCUCCCAUGUCUGGCAUGUGGCCCCUGAAAGGUGGCCCAGAAGGGACAGCGGCCCUUGGGCCGGUGAAGGUCCCCUACCCCUGGAUUAAAAGGCAGUGUGACUUACCUGCCUUUGCUGUACCUGUGCAUUUGAUGAAAAAGUGUUCAGAAAUAAGGCCGAUGUUUUUUUGUUUGCAGAAAGACCGGCUCAGCGGCAGAGUAGCUGCUCUGUGUGCAGGACAAUUCGGGUCCAGCCCCUAAAGAGGGUUUAAUCUCCUGGCUCACAUGUCCUGCCUCACCCCCAGCCCAACAUUUUCUUCCCCAGGUAUUGCGUUAAGGGCUCAAGCAAGCCAAUUCCCUCUCCCCGCCAGACACACCCAGUUGGGAACUCACUGAGUAGGGGACGUUGUCAGGCCAUUUGGGGGGUUGGGGUGGAUUUAACUUUUUUUGUUCUUAAAUUGUUUUUAUUAAUUUUCCAAUAAAAAGCACCCAAUUAACAUGUCAAGUCAUAAUCCAAUAAAAAUAAAAAAACUAAAAUAAAAAAAGAUCAAAUUAUCUUCCAAAUUGUAAUUAUUAAUUUUUGGACUUCCCAUAGUCUGGACCUUGAAGCACAUCUCCAAAUCUCAAUCCUGCCUCUCGUCGUUAUUUCCAUAUUUCCACAUCUCAAUUUUAACACUCUAAACUUCUUUGUCUCUGGCUCUGCGAUUCUCAGUCAUGUCAGAAAUCAUAUAUCGUUUCGUCUGUCGAUGUAUGAGUUUAACUUUUUUUUAACAAGCAGAUAUAGAGGUAGAAUUCCUGCCCACUGUGAAUGUGCAAAAAUGCCUUCUUUGUUUUGAGGUCACCAAAAUGAUUGGCACCCGACCAUCCAAGUUUGGUAUUAGAAGUGCUUGUGGUUGUGAUAAGGAUCUGUUUGCUUGGUAGUCUUAAUGGUGUGUGUGUGUGUACAAAUGGAAAACGUUAUCUUCCAUUUGUCGAGAAGGGUUAAAAAUAUUGCCAAGCUGGAGUUACCACGAGCAGGAGACAAGGGAAAAUACAGUUACAAAUAUGAAGAAGAGCUGCGAAAGGGACAUGGAAGAGACUUGAGGGCCUCGGAUAUAAGGUUGCCAGGUUAAUGGGCCAGAACGAUGGGAUAAUAAGGACUGACAAAACCCGGAACCAGGAGGAAGGGACGUUGGAUGAAGAUUGGAUCUGUUUGUAUUUCUUUUUUCUACCAUUAGAACUGUUUUAUAAAAUUUAUGAAUGUCAGAAAAAUGUUGGAAUGAAAUUACUCGGCUUUAGUAAAGAUGUUUAAAGAAUUAUGAAAGAAUAUUAUGGUUAUGAGAAGUUGGUAAGGAUAAGAUUUAAGUUUUAAGCUUUAAGGUUUAUUUUCUUAUAGAAAGAUAAGAUUAAAACUGUUUAGGGUAAUGUAAUGACAGAAUAUUAUGAAAUAUGGAAAGGAUUUGCUGGGAUAAUUAAUAACUAGGAUACAAAGAAGAGGAGGAGGAGGAGGUCAAAGAAAGAAGGUAAUGACAGUUGAGGAUUCGAGAAUAAUGAAUUUGUUUUUAAAUGUUCUUAAAUUGUAUUUUUUUUCCUCUCUGUCUUUCUUUCUUAUUUUUGAAUUUGUAUUUUUAUUUUGUAUUUUCUUCUGCUUUUAUUUUAUGUUGUAACACUUUGAAAAUUUCAAUAAAUAUUUUAUAAAAAAAAAAAGGAAGACGUUAUCUUCUUCCUUGCCCACUCACCCCUUUGACCCUCUGACCCCCAGUUGAUACUGAGCUCCAACUCCUGGCAGCCAGCGUGACCAGUGGUCAGAGAUGGCGGGAGUUGGGCGUCCAGCACAGUCUGGUGCUCUACAGAGCCCCCGUUCCCAUUGGAAGUGCAUGUGGCUCCAUCUUGUUUAAACCCCCCAGACCCGUCCACUUUCCCCCCACCGUACUUAUGACGAUACACCUCUUAAUUUCUUGGCUUGAAGCAGAUAACCAGAGGGUCAACGCAUGCUAACUGAACAGUGGCGCAUCAGAGAGCCUGUGCGGUGUAGAGGUUAGAGUGCUGGACUGGGACCCCGGAGAUCAGGGUUCAAAUCCCGCACUCAGCCAGAAACUUGCUGGGUGACUUUGGGCUCAGGCUCUCAGCCUAACCUUCCUCACAGGGUGGUUGUGAGGAUAAAAAGCGGGAAGAGGAGAACUUGGAGGAAAGGGAAGUAUAACUGUAACAAUGAAAGUGGGUUUUUUUAUUCAUAUUUUCAGACGAGUGCUGUGCUCUGUUCGGGGGGCUGUGCUCUCCUAGCCUUCAGCUCCCUCCUGGCUGUCAUUGUGAUCUUCCUUCCCAGCGGGCCGUGCGAGAGGAGGGUCUGCACCCUGGCUGGCUACAUUCAGACAGCAGCGGGUAAGUCUAUAAACCAUCCUCUUUUGAAACUUGUAUCUGUGAGUUUAACGGGAUCAACUGUUUACAGCAGAGAAGGGGGACCAUAUAUAUAUAUAUAUAUAUAUAUAUAUAUAUAUAUAUAUAUAUAUACACACACACACACACACACAUACAUACAUAUACACAUUUUUAUUGGUUUUUUAAAGAUAUCAUUUCCAACAAUCAUAUAACAUAACUUCUUAUCUUAUACAAUGUUUUAGACUUACGUCAACACCUCUGAUGAUUUUUUGUUCUUUAUCACUUAUUCUGCAUUUCUUAAUUUCUCUAUUACUCUUAAUUAUCAUUAACUAAUAACUCUCCUCAUAGUCUUUCUUGCAGUAUUUCAAAUAGUCCUCCUUACAAAACUUCUUGCAGUCCUACUGGCGUAAUCUGUUCAUUACAAUUACUUUUCAAACAGUUCGUAUAUUUACUCCGGUCUUCUAAGAAUUUCUGGUCCCUCAGGUUUUGAACCCUUCCUGUUAAUUUAUCUAAUUCUGCAUAGUCCAUCAGUUUCAUCCCCCAUUCUUCUUUCAUUGGUAAUUCUUCUGAGAAGGGGGACCUUUAGAAUCCCGAGGGCCGUAUUCCCUUCUGAGCAGCCUUCUGGGGGCCACAUGCCACUGUUGGGCGGAGCCAGAAAUGUGAAUCUUGCCUUGCUGCAGUAGGCUAGUUUCUACACCCACAUUCACACACCCCUCUCUCCAUCCUCCAUCCAGGUAAGCAAAGAGGCAUGAUAAGAGGUAAAAGGCAGGCAAAAACACUCAAGGAGAGGUGUGGCCUAGGAAGAAUCCAGAGGGCCGGAUAGAGCUGCUUGGAGGGCCAGAGGUUCUCCAUCCCUGAUUUAGCCAUUUAAUUUUCUAAAGAAGAAUUUCAACUGUGUGCGUGUAGAUAGGUACAUAUCUAUAGAACAAUAUAUAUCGUAUAUAUUAUGUAUAUGUUAUUAUUCUAUUUUUAAAAAAUGUUUCCUAUUUCCUUGUUGCUUUUAUCAAUUUAUAUUCCCUGAAUUUUUCCUUGAGUUUAGUCCUUCUUUGCUACUGGUGUUUUUCUAGACUUUUUAAAAACAUGUUUUGCUCCAGUGAACUAGAAACUUAGAUCCGCUUCCGCUGAGAAUAUGUGAACCUUCUCCAUGGAACACAUAGUGGACUAGAAACUUAAAUUUGCCUCGCCUUGUUUUACGGAGAACGUGAGCGCUCUUCACAGAACCCUGUGGAAGGGAGUACAUUUGCUCCUGUGAUUCUUUACCUGGUUCUUCUUCCCAUCUGCCCCCCGUGCCAGUAGAUAGAUAGCUAGAUAAACCACAAUGACAAUAUUUAUUUAUUUUUGCAGCUUUUGCUGUUCAAGCGGAGACAGCGCCUGGGUUUCUUGAUGAAGAAGACCAAUGCUAGCAGGUGGAGGGGAGGAGGGAUGGGCGAGCGGUGUGAGGAACCCAAGAGUAUCCUUGUGACCUGAAUCCCAAUUGAUUUCAGAUUAUUACCGUUGACUGGAAAAGGCACCGCGUUUCAAAGCACCAUUAAUCCACAGCGAACUGAAAUUAAGAGGCAUGGUGCUUCCUGGGCCAUGGUUUGUGUGCUGAGGCCAGGAAGAAAAGGCAGGGACAAACGUCUUAAAUGACCUCAUUAGCUUGAUUAUACAUGGAACAGUAAAUUCUCCUUUGUCAAUCCAGCUUCCAGUUCUGUAGUCUGUUUACCUCCAGUGCGGAAUCUCUCAAUUCCACCUCCCAGGGAUCCUUUGUUUUAUUUAGUUGCUGGAGUCUCUUUCCUCCCUUUUAAACAUGGGGGUACGAUGGCAAUGGGGUCUGUCAGGGGUGACACAACUUAGCUCCGGAUUAAGGAUGAGCAAAUGUGUCACAGUUACCUCCACCGCUUCCCAUUUUUUUUCCAGUCUCCAAUUCAGUUUUUCGCAUUUCCACAUCGGAAAGCCAGUGUGGCUGUAGUGGUAAGAGUGUUGGACUAGGAUGUGGGAGACAGGAAGACUCUCAUGAAAAUUAUUUAGCAUUUUAGGGUGAAUUUCUCACAAUUCACGUUUUUCUAUGCAGUUUUGACUAAUAUACAUACAGUGGUACCUCAGGUUACAGACGUUUCAGCUUACAUACGCUUCAGGUUACAGACUCCGCUAACCCAGAAAUAGUACCUCAGGUUAAGAACUUUGCUUCAGGAUGAGCACAGAAAUCAUGCUCCGGCGGCCUGGUAGCAGCAGGAGGCCCCAUUAGCUAAAGUGGUGCUUCAGGUUAAGAACAGUUUCAGGUUAAGAAUGGACCUCCGGAACGAAUUAAGUACUUAACCCGAGGUACCACUGUAUUUUUUUUGCAAGCAGUUUCCCCUAAUAUGCAUGUGUGUGUGAGAGACAGUUUCACUAAAGUAUACAUUUUGAUGCACAAUUCCUCCCAACACAUGCCUUUGGCUUGGUUGGGGUUUCAAAAUUUGACAAAUGGAUUGUUGGGUGUCGUUUCUUGCGUUGUAAUGGGAAACUGCCUAAUCUGCCGUUUUCUGAACCAAUCUGCAAACAAAAUUAAAUUUCUCUCCCAUCCUUAAGCACACUUCAGGUUGGUACCUUUGCACCAAUGCCAGGAAAAUGAAACUUGAGCAUUUUCAGAGGUUGAAUCUUGAGAAUAAGCAUUAAAAACAACAACAACAACCAAGCCAGUUCCUCUCCAGAGGGUUUUUAAAAUUCUUGCAACAGUUCCCCAAUCUUUUUGUUUAAUUUUUUUUAAAGAAAAAGGAUUUCUUUUCCUCCUGUUGUUGUUUGUUGUUUAGUCGUUUAGUCGUGUCCGACUCUUCGUGACCAGAGCACGCCAGGCCCUCCUGUCUUCCACUGCCUUCCGCAGUUUGGUCAAACUCAUGCUGGUAGCUUCGAGAACACUGUCCCACCAUCUCGUUGCCUGUCGUCCCCUUCUCCUUGUGCCCUCCAUCUUUCCCAACAUCAGGGUCUUUUCCAGGGAGUCUUCUCUUCUCAUGAGGUGGCCAAAGUCUUGGAGCCUCAGCUUCAGGAUCUGUCCUUCCAGUGAGCACUCAGGGCUGAUUUCCUUCAGAAUGGAGAGGUUUGAUCUUCUUGCAGUCCAUGGGACUCUCAAGAAUCUCCUCCAGCACCAGAAUUCAAAAGCAUCAAUUCUUCGGCGAUUAAUUUUUUUUUUUUAAAGAAAAAGAAGAAAAAGGAUUACUUUUUCCUCCUACCUAUCCCCAUUUGAGCAAAGAUGAUUGGGAGUAAAAAUGUACAAAAAUGUGCUUUGGAGUGUUGAGGGCAGCCCAAGGGCUGAAAGUAGCAAAGACCACCACUUGGCCAGUUUUCUAGCAGUCUGCAGAAGGAUAAGAAAUCACAUUGAGCAGCUUUCAGCAGCUGGAGGGAGUGGGCGGCAGGAACCAUUUCUCUGCUGUUUAAAAGAAAGAGCCCAAAAGUAAGCUGAAUUUUAAAUAAGGUGGUCUCCCAGUAACAUCACAUGGGGUGUUUUGUUUUGUUUUUUUUGAGUGGGGAAGGGACGUAGCUCUGUGACGGAGCCCUGCUUUGCAAUUCCCAGCAUAUCCAGGUGGGGCUGAGAAUAUCACCUGCAGAGCAGCUGCCAGUCAGUGCAGACAGCACCGAGCUAGAUAGACCCAGUGGUCUGAUUCAAUGGAGGGCACCAGCCUGAAAUCCUGGAGUGCUGCUGCCUGUCGGCGUGGGCAGUAUUAAGCAACAGGAGAGAAAGAUCUGACAAAGGCAACUUCAUCUGUUCCUGAACCUUUGAUUCAGAACCGUGAGGCCUGGAAUUGUGGUUUAUUUUUAGGCGAGGAGUUUUAGCUCAGUAGGAGAACACUUGCUUUUUUGCAGAUUCCAUUGCUGGCAUCUCUGGGUAGGACUGGGAAUGUUCCCCACCUGAAAUUCUGGAGAGCCAUUGCCAUUCAGUGCAAACUAUUCUGUGCUGGAUUGACCCAAUGGUCUUUUAAUAAGCCAGCUCCCUAUAUUCUCUUGGUGCAUUUAUACUGUCCAAAACUUUCUGGUAAGUCCACAUCUUGCUUCCCUCUGCUCCUCCUAUUAUUUCCCCACUCACCACUGUGUUGAAUUUUUGAUUGGAGGCGUCUCAGGGCAGAGACCUGCCCUGUCGUAUUGCUUCAAAGCAUCAGACAGACUGAUGAUGCUACUCAAAACAGCUGAAGAAUUGCAGUUCCCUCCUAACACGCCUCCAGGAAUAAGAUGAACACGCUGGAUCAGGCCAAUGGCCCGUCUAACGUAGCAGGACACAAGCACAACGGCACUCUCUCUCCUGCAACAUCAGAAGAAGAAGAAGAAGAAGAAGAAGAAGAAGAAGAAGAAGAAGAAGAAGAAGAAGAAGAAGAAGAAGAACAACAACAACAACAACAACAACAACAACAACAACAUUAUUUAUACCCCGCCUUCCCAGGUCAGAGCCAGGCUCAGAGCAGCUAACACCAAUGAAAUCACAGUAAAAACAUAAUAGGGGGGAAAAUAAAAAACAAUUUAAAAUACAGGUUAAAAUGCAAUUUAAAAUGCAGCCUCAUUUUAAAAGUAGCCGAUAUAUCAAGAUCAUAAGGGCAGGGAAACAUAAGGGUCAGACAUAAGGGUCAGACUGAGUCCAAACCAAAGGCCAGGCAGAACAGCUCUGUCUUCCAGGCCCUGCGGAAAGAUGUCAAGUAACACAGGGCCCUAGUCUCUUGUGACAGAGCGUUCCACCAAGUCGGGGCCAGUACCAAAAAGGCCCUGGCCCUAGUUGAGACCAAUCUAACCACCUUGCGACUUGGGACCUCCAAAGUGUUGUCAUUUGUGGACCUUAAGGUCCUCCGUGGGGCAUACCAGGAGAGGCAGUCCCUCAGGUACGAGGGUCCUAGGCCGCAUAGGGCUUUAAAGGUCAAAACCAGCGCCUUAAACCUGACCCUGUACUCCAACUUGUAUUCAGAAGCAUCGCAGCCUCUGACUGCGGUAGCAGAGCACAGCCAUCCUUGGCUAGUCGCCACCCAUAGCCCUCUCCUCCUCAAAACAAUUGCCUAAUGCUCCUUUGAAGCCGUCCAAGUUGGUAGCCAUCACCGCUUCCUGUGGGAGCGAGUUCCAUAGUUUAACUCUGUGCUGCCGGUCUGCCUCCGGGCGCUCCUUGCAUCUUCCUCGGCCACCCACGGAGACGCCACAUGGCAUUCGCAUAUGGAUUCCGCCCCCCUGUGCUAACUGGCUGUUGUCGCCAACGGCUUAAUCCAAUUCCUGGUCCAAUAAUCCUUCCCACUCUCCCCAUCCCAAAAUCUCAAGGGCUCCAGAUGCAUUUGUAGUUUUCAUUUUCUUAAAAGAAAAGCAGCAUUCUGCAGGGAGGGGGUGCUGAGGGAAGGGGGUGAUUCUAGCAUCUGUCACUGCCUUUCUAGCACCUCCGCAAAAGCUUUGGGGCUCAUCUGAGAGAGAUUUACGGGGCUGCUAUGGAUCAUCGGCAAGUUGAUAAGGCUGUCGUGUGGAAGGACUGUCACAAACUGUUGCUUAUGAACAACAGCAACAACAACAGUAGUAGUAGUAGUUUCUAACACUUUCUAAAUGGUAUCUCCAAGGACAGAAGUGUUGUGGUUUAUGCUUAAAAAGACACCCCAGAGUUAAAGGCUGUUUGAAAAUUAACCUAACUUAGAUGGAGUCAGAGCAUUGAUCCAUUUACCUCCAUGUUGCCAACGCUGACUGGCAGCAGGGUUUCAGCCAGGGAGACUUUUCCCAGCCCUACCUGGAGAUUCCACCAAAGAUUGAUCUUGGGACCCUCUGCAUGCAAGGCAGAUAUCCUAUGCACACCCCCCCCACCUGAUGCAGUAAAGAAGUAGGUUUUGUCUUGCAGUGGACAGGGCAAAACUGGAUUCACUGUUUCCUUUCCCCUCCCUUGAGAAGCUAAGGAGGACUGGUAACCCCACUCCCAGUGUCGGUGGAUCACAGCUCUCAUCGUCCCUGCCCAUUGGUCAUGCUGGGACCGUGGGUCCCUGCAACCUCUGUAAGGCUGUGAGUCCCCCACCACUGUUGUGGCCGAAGCCUAAUCCACCCAGAAGAGGCAGCCAGGUAGCAAGCUUUUAUCAGCACCAUGGAGAGUUCCAUGUGAGCCGCUUGACCCAGCUAUGACAACCAGAAGAGCCCAGCUGCUGAUCAGGCCAAAGGGAACCAGCGUCCUGGACUCCCAGUGGCCAACCACAUGUCCCAGUGGGAAGCCCACAAGCGAGGAGUGAAAGCAACAGCCCUUUUCCCCUCAAGGUGGCCAGCAACAGGCGUUCAGAGGCAUGCUGCCUCCGACAUGGGUGGCAGAACAUAAGAGUUGUUGUCGCUGGCAGCCACCCAUAGUCUUACCCUCCGUGAACUGGUCUAUAUAAGACUGGUCUCUUGAAAGCCUGCGAUUAUCAUUAUUUGAUCUGUUUGUGGGCAGGACUCUGUCUCCCUCCCUCCCCGUCCCCUCGCCUCCCUGGAAGGAGCAGGCACCCUGCCAACAGUUGCUCUGAAGCUCUGCCAGGUAAGCAUUUACGCCCUCCAGGGGAGGACAGUUGGCAGGUUGCGCGUCAAUCCCUGCAUCUUUACAGACCCAUUGGAGAGCAAGUUCAGAUUCCCUCCCCUCUCUCUCUCUUUUUAAAAAAGCCCUUGCCUGUAAAAAGGGCCUUCCUGAAAGCUGGCAGCUCUUUGGAUUCAGGAACCUUUCCCGCGUAGCUUUUAUUUUUAAGGCAAAGCCAUGCCAUGUCUCUCUGAGCCUCUGGUCCAAAGUGGCAGGAAAGGGUUCCUCAAACCCUGAAGCAACCUUCCAUCUCGAUUCAAAAUGUGGUCCUGUUGCAUCCAAACAUAAGACGAAAACUCAGCUUAGGAGCCGUCCUGCAAAAGUUGCAUGUGAAGAGGUGUCCCAAUUGUGCGGUGAACAACAAACCUCUUUCCAAAAUGCUUGUUUUGCCGUCCUCCGACACAACACCCGUCUCUCAACUGCAGAGAAGCAGUCUCUGCCCAGGGGCCGUCAUGUUGCAAGCCUCCGCAGGGAUGUUGUGCAUUUGCUUAAUCCUCCCUGCUCAUGUCUAGAAGAAUAUCUGGCUGGGGAGGUGUUUAAUGUAAGCAGAUUGCAGCCAGCUCUCUUAAGUAGCUGCCACCCAGUCAACAGGAUUACCGAGGUGAAGACUGUUCAAUAGGAGGACAUGUGGCUUUCACCACCGUCUCCCUAGUUCUGACUUACGGUAAUUGGAUUUUUUUUUGGGGGGGGGAGGAGAGACAGGAUUGACAAGGGCACCUCUUCUGCAAGGAACUCUUUCAGGGAAAGUAUUCCCAGCUGUUUUGCAAGCCAGUUGGAAUAUCCAAUUGGGACUCCCCGCAAAGGUUAAUUAAAAAAAGAUUACACAACGCUAACCUUUUUUUUUUAAGUAACCUAAUUAAAUUCCCUAAGUCUGGGUGGCUUUUAUUGUUCCCCCUGCGAAGUUCUUCAGGAACUGGUGGAUACCCUGGCCAGCAGUUUGCAGGCUUAACCUGAUUAAGGUGGAGCAUCCAGGCAGACAGGCUGAUUGCUGACGCCAGGGGUCUGUGCCCCGUGGAACUGGGUGGGAAAGCAGACUGGCCCAGCUAAUCUAUUUAACCUCCUCCACCCCCAAUAUGGAUUGGCUUAAGAGGGCCUUUCUGUGGCUGUGCAGCUGCUAUACAUACGCACCAAGUCGGACUAUCCCUCCCUUCUACCUCUGUGUGCUACCUGCUCUGACUGGCAGCAGCUCUUCAGGGUUUCGGACAGGAGUCUCUUUUCUCAGCUCUGCCUGGGGCUGCUGGGGACUGAACCCAGGACCUUCUGCAUGCAGACUCUCUCCCUUCCGUUCUCUUCUCUGAAAUCCUGGAGAGUGGCUGCCAGUCAGUGUAGAGAAUAGUAAGCUAGAUGGGGCAAAGAGCACCCUGCCCUGUGCACCAGUCUCUUAGUCUGGCAUUGAUCUGUGCAAAUGAUGGGUGUUAGGGAGUGUGUAAAUUAGAGAUUUUGCCAUAAAAGAAACCACCUUGCAAACCCUUGAACAUCCGGUGGGGCCUACAGCAAAGCGUUGUUCCUGAUAAGGGUCCCAGUUUGUUUGCUUUGCCCUGCUCCAGUAUACUCCAUUCCGUUGCUCCUCUCGCCUGGUUUUCCAUCCCUCCCAACCUGUCGGCAUUAAGUGACCUCUGGGCAUGCUCUGUACUCAGUUGGGCUAUUUUGGGGCUCUCUCCCCUACACUUCAGGUUUUGUGGGCGGGUUGGUACUUCUGCAAACCUCGGGACUCAGCAGAUCCUGUUGAUACCCUCCUCUUGCACACGGAGGGCGCUGCUUUGGCGACAUAAGCCUUGGGGCACACACACACCAAUACAUCAGAAAUAGUGCACCUGAGAGAGGGAGAGGGAGCUAUGGCUGCAUCCCCUGCCCCGUAUGAUGGAUGGGGCUGAGCCAGUAAUUGACUACACUGUUGUUAAAGAGGCUGACAGCCCCAUCCAAAUGGGACUAGGAGGGUGGGUGGUGUCCUGCCUGGUGUCAAUUCUGAGUUAUAGGAGGGAGAAUCCUCUUAGGCUCAAGUGCGCAGCAGCUAUAAACAAUUCCCUAUCAGAGAUCAGAAUUAAAGCUGCCAAUUAUUGCAAUGCCUUUACACAAAUUCCAGUUCACACCUCGAAUACUGUGUACAUUUAUGGUCGCCUCAACUCGGAAAGGAUAUUGUAGAGCUGGGAAAAGCUUCAGCUUCAGCCCAAACGAUCCAAGGCCUGGAAUGACUCCCCUGUGAUGGAAAGUUGCAGUGUUUGCAGCUUUCUUUUCUAGAGAAAAGGGGAAUAAGCGGAAAUCUGAUAGAGGUAGUGUACAGAAGGAUGCCUGGUGUGGGCAAAGUGAGCAGAGAAAAGCUUUUCUCCUGUACGAUACUAGAACUCGCGAACAUCCAAUGAAGCUGAACAUUGGAAGAUUCAGAACAGGCAAAAGAAAGGACUUCUCCAUGCAGCACGUUGCUAAACUGUGGAACUCACUGCCACAGGAUGCAGAGAUGGCCAACAAUUUGGCUGGCUUUUGCUGUUGUUUAGUCAUUUAGUCAUGUCCGACUCUUCGUGACCCCCUGGACCAGAGCACGCCAGGCACUCCUGUCUUCCACUGCCUCCCGCAGUUUGGUCAAACUCAUGCUGGUAGCUUAGAGAACACUGUCCCGCCAUCUCGUCCUCUGUCGUCCCCUUCUCCUUGUGCCCUCCAUCUUUCCCAACAUCAGGGUCUUUUCCAGGGAGUCUUCUCUUCUCAUGAGGUGGCCAAAGUCUUGGAGCCUCAGCUUCAGGAUCUGUCCUUCCAGUGAGCACUGAGGGCUGAUUUCCUUCAGAAUGGAUCAGUUUGAUCUUCUUGCAGGCCAUGGGACUCUCAAGAGUCUCCUCCAGCACCAUAAUUCAAAAGCAUUGGCUGGCUUUAGAAGAGGUUUAGACCAGGUGUCGGCAACCUAAGGUCCAUGGGCGCUUGUGGUCAUUUAACUGGCCCAUGGACCCCCGCUGCCCACUCAGUUGGCUCCGUGCGCCAGGAGUGGGGAGAGUUGCUCUUGCUCUCAGGACCUGCUUGUGGGCUCCCGACUGAGGCAACUGGUUGGCCCCUGCGAGAACGGGAUGCUGGACUAGAGGGGCAUAUUAGGCCUGAUCCAGCAGAAAAAAUUCUCACGGGUGUCUAGCAUUUUGUGGACCAGUUGAAAUCUGCUCUUGUGAUUUGUAUCUGCCCCCUACCUCCCAUCAAACACUUUGCCAAAUUUGAAUCAAGGUGUGGUGAAAAUGAUUGCCGUUGCUCCAUUAAGGAAAUCUAGUUGGUGGUUGAGGAUGUGUUGAUUCAUCCCUUUUAGGGUUUGGACUGGCCUGGGCAGAAGCGGGACCCUCCUCCUCUCAGUGGAGUGGAAUAAUAAUAAUAACAAUAAUAAUAAUAAUUUUUUUCUUUUUAUGCCUCUCAUCUGACUGCGUUGCCCUAGCCACUCAGGGCGGCUUCCAGCAAAAUAUAAAAACACAUUAAAACAUCAAACAUUAAAAGCUUCCCUAUACAGGGAAGCCUUCACAUGUCUUCUAAAUAUUUAGAUGGCAGUUCGUUUAUUAAUUUAUAUCAGAGUGGGGAACAUUUUUAGCCUGGGAUGUCUCUCAUACCCCCAUGGGCCAAAUUUGCCAGGUGAGCGGAAUCAAACCGGGAGGCUAAUUAGACCCACGAACCGGAGGCUGCCAACCCUGGUUUUUUCCAAAAAUAGGCUACCUAGUACCAACAAAGGCUUGUAAGUCAAUCCAACUCAUUGUAAGCUCAUCGGGGCAGGGCUCUAUUUUUGCACUUAACCCUGUCCCAUAAAACUAAGUGCAUGUUGAUAAACAUAAGCCGCGGCUCGACGCAUUUGCAUCCGCAACGGUGCCCCUGUGGCACUGCAACAGAGAGCCUGCGUGCCAGGGGAGCCUGGCUGGCAGUGGCAGAUGUUGAUCAGGGCUGCGUGGCGACAGGAAACACUGGGAGAGGUUUGGAGCAGGCGGAGGGAGCGAAGAGAGGAAUUUAAUGGGUGGGUGGAGAGUGGCCCAUCUGUCACCCAUGACAGCGCAAGGACUGAACCCGUGAUUCACUUUUUGCCUUGAUAAAUAUAUUAAUCAGAGAGGUAAUUGAACCAGAAUGGCUUUUGACGGGUGGCUUUCGGGAGCCAACAGCGAGCCGGUGCGAAGUGUGGUUCAGGGGAUGGGGAGUGAAGGAAUUGCUGUGGGGCAGCAGCCGCCGCCUCCCGUCUCCCCAUCCUACCCCAUAGCCUUCAGGGAGUGGGAGCAUACCUCAUCUCCCCCCCCCCAAUAUUUUUUUUGAAUAACGUGUUGGAUGCUGUUCAGUUGUGCUUCGGCCCUUGAUGUUUCUGCUGCGUACGAUUUGAACAAACAUGCGGCUGAGUAAGGAUUUAGGAAAAUGAGAAGCUGCCUUUAUACAGAGUCAGGCCCUUGGGGAAUCUAGCUGGUGGUUAUCCGCACUGACUGGCAGCAGCUCUCCGGGGUUUCAGAUGGGGAGACAUUCUCAGCCCUACCAGCAGAUGUUGUGGAUUUAAGCUGGGGUGUUCUGUGUGCAACGCAGAUGCUGUCCCACUGGGUUCUGAUCCCUUCCUUCAAAAUAAAGCAAGAGUCUAGUCCUCAAAGUUCUGAAUGAACAGGUGACUUUCAUAUCUGCCUUAUUUACUGCCUUAUAUGCGGAGUUCAAUUGGCUCACCUAGUUCAGUAUUACCUACACUGACUGGCAGCAGCUAUCCAGGGUUUCGGGAAAGCUAUGCGUCUGUGAACUUGGAAGGUGGUGGGCUCUCCUUCAGUGGAGUUUUCUAACAGAGCUUGGACGGCCACCUGUCAGGGAUUCUUUAGCUGUGAUUCCUCCAUUGUGGGGGGUUGGGCUAGAUGACCAUUGGGGGACCCUUUCCAACUCUGCAGUUAUAUGAGUCUAUGAAUCUUCCCCAGCUGUACCUGAAGACACUGCUAGGGAUUGAACCUGGGACCUUCUGCCUGCCAAGCAGGUGCUCUUCAACAACAAAAACCAAGACUCCAGCCCUCAUGGUUCUGAAUCAAGGGUGGGUUAAAGGAGGAGGCUGCUUUUUCCUGAGCCAGACCAAUGCUCCAUCAAGCUCGGUCUGGUCUACAGCUCUUGGGCAAUGCCCCAAUUCAGAAUAAGGUGAAGGUAAAGGGACCCUUGACCAUUAGGUCCAGUCGUGACCGACUCUGGGGUUGCAGCGCUCAUCUUGUACAGCUUCCGGGUCAUGCGGCCAGCAUGACUAAGCCACUUCUGGCGAACCAGAGCAGCGCACGGAAACGCCGUUUACCUUCCCGCUGGAGCAGUACCUAUUUAUCCACUAGCACUUUGACGUGCUUUCGAACUGCUGGGUUGGCAGGAGCAGGGACCGAGCAAUAGGAGCUCACCCCAUCACAGGGAUUCGAACUGCCAACCUUCUGAUCGGCAAGUCCUAGGCUCUGUGGUUUAACCCACAGCGCCACCCGCGUUCCCAAUAAGGCAGCUCCUAAUUUCAGGGAGCAGAUAUCCCUUCCUGGCCAAGCAAAUUCCUGCUGUUGGAACUCCUUGUUUUUCAUAGAUGAUGGUGGUUUCACAGCAAUCCCCUCCCUGGAGUGAGCAAAGCUGUGCCAACCCUUCUAAGGGGCUACUGUGGUGGAGGCCUCGACAGCAUUUCCUCCCCGUUGUCAGUAAAAAUAGUCCUCUCCCAGUUUCCUGUUUAUGCAUCAACUCCUGUGGCAGGUCUGUUUUUAUGCGGCUGCUGGGAAGUGACGCUGUUCCUUCUGGUCGUUACAGAGGGACAUCUCAAAACUCACGUUUAGCUGCCUCCUCUUGUCUCCUCCAAAUAGCCAUUCCUUACUCUCUCUCAUCCCAGUGGUGGGCAGCCUGGGAUUCAGUAGAAUGAACUUCACACAAGCUCUGAGACCCAGACCUCUCUCCCUGCAUUAAUUCACGCGGGUUGUAUUUAAGGCCCUGCCUGCAGUAUAUAUUUAAAGGACUAUGAUGCCAUUUUUAACAGUGGUUUAACAGUCAGUCCUUCUGAGGGGUUUGUGAGGGGUGUGUGUCUCCUGACAACUCAGAAGUGUGCAUGCACACGAAAGCUCACACCAAGAACAAACUUAGUUGGUCUCUAAGGUGCUACUGGACAUUUUAAUUUUUUUAUAUAUAUUCUUAAAAAAACUGGAAUUCUCAGGAGUCUUAGAGGGAAGGCACAGCUACUCAAAGCUGUGAUAUGGCUUUAAAUAUAUAGAGCAAAAGGGGCCUAUGUUUUACUUUGAACAGACCCUAUUUAGACAUAAGUCACCCAGGAAUCUCAGCUAAAGCAUCCGUGACAACGGGCCACCCAACCUCUGCUUAAAGGCCUACAAGGAAGGAGAGGCCACAACCUCCCGAGGGAGUCUCUUCCACUGCCAAACAACUCUUACUGUCAGAACGUUCUUCCUGAUGUUUAGUCAGAAUCUCCUUUCUUGUCACUUGAAGCCUUGGGUUCGAGUCCUACCCUCCAGAGCAGGAAGAAACAAAUAUGUCAAGAAAUUGUUCCCAUCACGCCUGGUCAAGGCCAUUAGGCUGACAGGAGUUGGUGUCUAGCAACACCCACAGGCCCAUAGGUUCCCCAUUGCAGAUUUUGGGGAGCUGGGGGUUGCUGCGAAGAGGUUGAACAGAGGAGAGGAGUAGGGAAGGGGGGGGUGUCUUCCCAAACCGCCUUCUGCCCGAGGGAACGUUUCCUGGCCAAACACACCUCCAGACGUCUCUGCAGUAUCCCUACAGCUCUCACAAAUGCUGUGGCUUUGCCUUCCUCAAAGUGGGUGGCAGAGAAAUAUCUACUGCUCCCUUCUUUUUCUUGGGCAUGGUGUGUGUGUGUGUGCCUGGUUCUUAUGCCAGACUGCCUCCGUUCUGGGCUGCCUUCCAGAAAUGCAAAGGGCUGCUAAAAUUAGUUUUUGAAGGAAGAUGGUAUGCUUGCAUGUGAAACAGAGUGGUGGUGGUGGUGGGGUUUUGCCACAUCUUAAAAUCUAGAUGCAGCUGCCUUUCUCUCUCCCCCCACACCCUGCCAUUUAAAAUUUUUAUUAAAUAUUUUGCACAUCAAAAUAAGAUGGGCGCUGCUUUUAUUUCUUUUUGGCUCUUGGAAAGAUUUGAAUAAGCAACGUGGGACAGGUUUCCUGUUCCUGGAGUUGGCUGCCUUGCAACAUCUGGGCAGCUGCAGGCUCCCUGCCCUGGCUUUACAAGAACAGGCAAGGUCCAACAAGCCAGCCAGCUGUUUCCAAAAUGGUUCAGGCGGAUGGCUCUGGCAACCUCAGAAGCAGGCCUUUGGCUGCUAGGCCCUAUAACUAAAAAGGUAAAGGGACCCCUGAGCAUUAGGUCCAGUCGUGACCGACUCUGGGGUUGCGGCGCUCAUCUUGCUUCAUUGGCCGAGGCUGCUGGCGUACAGCUUCCGGGUCAUGUGGCCAGCAUGUCUGAGCCGCUUCUGGCGAACCAGAGCAGCGCACGGAAACGCCGUUUACCUUCCCGCUGUAGCGGUACCUAUUUAUCUACUUGCACCUUGAGGUGCUUUCGAACUGCUAGGUUGGCAGGAGCAGGGACCGAGCAACGGGAGCUCACCCCGUCGCGGGGAUUCAAACCACUGACCUUCUGAUUGGCAAGUCCUAAGCUCUGUGGCUUAACCCACAGUGCCACCCGCGUCUGAGGCCCUAUAACCUGCAUAUGAAUAGACACUCCGCCCUCAUUUGUGGCAUUCUAGUUAUAGGCCCUAUAACUAGAAUGCCACAAAUGAGGACGGAGAGUCUAUUCACAUGCAAGUGGGCCACUGUGAGACCAGGACGCUUGGCUAAAUGGGCCUCCCAUGACCUGAUCCAGCAGCCAGGCUCUCCUGUGUUCUUAUGAACCAUUAGAAUGCAACAGAUCCAAUAAGUGCGUCAGUCGAUGGAAGAUGGUAUCCAGUUCUUAUCAGAGAUAUUGGACCGUCUUCUGUCUGUACCUCCGUAUUUUGUUUUGCAGCUGGAGGCUUCAUUAAUUCCGCCAUUGAUGCAUAUAUUCUCAUAGGAUAUCUGCCCAUAAUGUUCGGAGGUAAUUUAUUGCCUCCAAUAUCUGCCAGAAAUACCUCUACCAGAGCAAUCCCAUAUUUGCCUUACCCUUGGGGGUGGCGGGAAGCUAUUGUGCCAUAAUGGCUGCUGUAUCCCAUGCUUCCUCAGGUGUUGGGGGUGCGGGGACAACAACAUAGGUAAAGGUAAAGGGACCCCUGACCAUUAGGUCCAGUCGUGGCCGACUCUGGGGUUGCGGCGCUCAUCUCGCUUUACUGGCCGAGGGAGCCGCCGUACAGCUUCCGGGUCAUGUGGCCAGCAUGAUUAAGCCGCUUCUGGCGAACCAGAGCAGCGCACGGAAACGCCGUUUACCUUCCCGCAGGAGCAGUACCUAUUUAUCUACUUGCACUUUGAGGUGCUUUUGAACGGCUAGGUUGGCAGGAGCAGGGACUGAGCAACGGGAGCUCAUCCCAUCACGGGGAUUCGAACCACCGACCUUCUAAUCGGCAAGUCCUAGGCUCUGUGGUUUAACCCACAGUGCCACCCGCGUCCCUUAUGGGAUACCCGCUGUAUCCCAUGCUUGCUCAGGUGUUGGGGGUGCGAGGACAACAACAUAGAGAACCGCAAAUGUAGCAACACACAAACAGUCCUUUGAAACACCACCAGUGCCCACCAAUUGGGGACUGUGCCAUUGACGUCGCUCGCAAGCCGCCCACUCACGGAAGGAACCAAUGAACUUGCAAUGACAACAGACAGACACACCCACCCCAACAUGGACUCUCACACCUAGGGGCAAAGGAGGAGUCUGUUUUACCCAGAUUUAUACGCAGAUUUAGGCAGUUUGGACCUAUUUGAGUUUUAAAUUGCUUUUUGUGUCAGGCGCUCAUUUACGUCAAAGCCACUCGUGUUGUUAGUGAGUCCGAUUAUAAUUGGGUUGUAGCCAGCUAAGUUUUACUCAGAGAGGACCUUCUAAAAUUAAUGGGCCCAGGUUAGUUAUGUUCAUUAUUUUCAAUGGGUCUGCUCUGAGUAGGGCUAGCAUUGACGAUAACCCAUAUAACAUACAUAAUAGGUAUAAAAGAGUCAAAUGCUCUUUUUCUGCAACAUGGUUAAUUUGUUCCGUCGCCCUCAAAAUUUGACACCACCUGCUCCUAAAUACCCCCCAAGUGGACACUUCCACAGCUUCUGAACACGAAGAGGUUCUUUUUUGCUUUGCCCUAAAUACCCCGCCAAUGGCCAGGCGCAUGGCUUUCGAGUUCUUUGCAAAGGAUUCUGGGUAGGCUGGCCGAAUUAUCAAAGGCCUCUUUUGUCCAAUAUGGCUUUCGAAAGCUGGACCCAUCAUUCUCCGGGCUUUUUUUCUUGGCGGACGAGGAAGGGUUAAGCCUGGAUCUCCCCCCCCCCCCCGUGACCUUGGUGGAGCAGUCGGAUUGCUUUGGGAAGCCAGUAAAACCGAUAAACCCUGUUGCCUUCUGAUAGGGAUAUAAAAAAUAUAAUUACUUCAGCGGUGACUUAUGAUUCAAUGAAAGCAGAGCCUUCCCCCCCCCCCUCUCUCGCUGCCCCCACCGCUCUGGUUUUCUUUUAUUGAAUUAUGCAGUGGUAUUCCUCAAAGACCGUUAGCAGAUGGCCGACUCCGUCCAGGCGUUUAAUAGGUUGAAUUACUGCCCUUCGGAGAGAGUCUCCCUUUCAACCAAGGAGGAUUAGAAUGCCAUUUCCACCACACACACACACGGCCCACCCCCAGCGAGUGCCGUUCCUCUGAGUUGCCCUGCCGCAUGUUUACAACAGCGAAGAGAGGGCGCUGCCGUCGCCGUGUUUUACGGAGAGAAAGGUUCACGGAGCGAAUCCUACCGAAGCGUCGGACUGGAUCGCUCUCUUUACAGCGGUGCUUUCACGAGGGCCCUGCGAUCAUGUGUGACUGUUUUGCAAGGAACGGGAUGGAGGGGAGAGUUGAGGGGGGAAAUAACCGCACACCAGUGAGAUAUUCAGAAUGGGGAACACUCUGUUGUGUGCUCCGGAUAAUAGCAAACUCAAGUGGCAAGUGACAAUGGGAAUGGAGCCGAAAUAGGACUCUUGAGGAACAAGAGGGAAGAAUUGGCAGGUUCAGAGUAGCCCCGAGGGCUGGAGAAGUGUAACACUUUAAAAAAAAAAAUUAAUGAAAGGGGCGAGAAAAAACUGAAAAUUCAGCAUGCACAACAGCCACGGCCAACCCCCAACAUAACUCACUCCCUGACUAGUUGUGCAAGAUGCUUAGAAGCUGCUGCCAAACCUUUUUAUAUGAAGAACCAUAGAAUUGUGGAGUUGGAAGGGACCCCAAAGGUCAUCCAGCCCAACCCCAUGCAAUGCAGGGAUCUUGGCUAAAGCAUCCAUGACAGAGGGCCGUCCAACCUCUGCUUAAAAACCUCCAAUGAACCUCCCGAGGGAGACGGUUCCACUGCCGAACGCCUGUUCCCAUCAGAAAACUCUUCUUUUUUAGUUGGAAUCUCCUUUCUUGUAAUUUGAAGCCAUAGGUCCUACCCUCCGGAGCAGCAGGAAAAAAGGAUAUCAGCUGAUUUUCUGUUUUGAGUUUAAUGUAUGAAAAUUUUAAGGUGUGUGUGUGUGUUUUAAAGUUACCUGACUAUCAUCAGAAUAUUUUGACUGUUCUGGAUAACUGGUAUAUGUGUUAUCUACCUCUCUUUCAAAUCAGAACCAGUGAAGGCCGUCAAUGUCCUGUGCGAGUGUCUGGAGGCGGUUGGAGGAUGGAUGGCGGCUAACAGAUUGAGGUUGAAUCCUGACAAGACAGAAGUACUGUUUUGGGGAGACAGGAGGCUGGCAGGUGUGCAGGUCUCCCUGGUCCUGAAUGGGGCAACUGUGCCCCUGAAGGACCAGGUGCGCAGCCUAGGAGUCAUUUUGGACUCGCAGCUGUCCAUGGAGGCACAGGUCAAUUCUGUGUUCAGGGCAGCUGUUUACCAGCUCCCCCUGGUACGCAGGCUGAGACCCUCCCUGCCCAUGGACUGUCUCGCCAGAGUGGUGCAUGCUCUAGUUAUCUCCCGCUUGGACUACUGCAUUGCACUCUACGUGGGGCUACCUUUGAAGGUGACCCGGAAACUACAAUUAAUCCAGAAUGCGGCAGCUAGACUGGGAGUAGCUGCCAAGACCACAUAACACCGGUCCUGAAAGACCUACAUUGACUCCCAGUAUGUUUCCGAGCACAAUUCAAAGUGUUGGUGCUGACCUUUAAAGCCCUAAACGGCCUCGGUCCAGUAUACCUGAAGGAGCGUAUCCACCCUCAUCAUUCUACCCGGACACUGAGGUCCAGCUCUGAGGGCCUUCUGGCGGUUCCCUCAUUGCGAGAAGCAAAGCUACAGGGAACCAGGCAGAGGGCCUUCUCGGUAGUGGCACCCGCCCUGUGGAAUGCCCUCCCACCAGAUGUUAAAGAGAACAACAACUACCAGACUUUUAGAAGACAUCUGAAGGCAGCCCUGUUUAGGGAAGCUUUUAAUGAUUGAUGCGUUACUGUAUUUUAAUAAUUUGUUGGAAGCCGCCCAGAGUGGCUGGGGAAGCCCAGCCAGAUGGGUGGGGUAUAAAUAAAUUAUUAUUAUUGAUUAGAGUUUGGAUAUGGUCCUUACGUACGUUUAGGGAAGGGUGUAGCUCAGCUGGUAGAGCCCCUGCAUUGCAUCCAGAAGGUCCCAGGUUCAAUCCCUUCUCUACAACCCUUCAAGGUAGCUAGGACUGAGAGCGGCUGGGCUGAGCUUCACUGCUGAGUGGGCAUUUGAACCCUGGCUCAGAUCCAGCGCUCUGUCCUCUGCCAGACAGCGGCUCUUUAGCACUGCGUGUGGCAGGGUCCCACAGGAGGAGCACAGGAUUUGAACUCGUGACCCUGGAGCCCACGUGCGCUCUUCCUCGCAGUGACGACGCAACUUCGCGUCGGAGCUGCGCUUUCCUGUUUUUGUCGGCUUGUGCUGGAAGACCCGCUUUGUGGGAUUUCUUUUUUAAUCACAGCGCUGACAGGCGGAGAGAGCGAGAGACUAUUCCCUGGAGUGAAGGGCUGGGAUCGAGGAAGUCGGCUGCAACCACGCGGCUCAGAAAAGCGACUUUCCUCUCUGUAAUGAAUAUAUCUUUACGGGGGAGGCUUGACAAUUUCACUCCGCCUGGUCAGCAUCUGCGUAAAAAAGAAAGAACGAAAGUGGUAGGGUGGCAAGUUUAUGGCUGUGUAUAUGUACAUGCAAGAGAGACUGGGAAUUUUUUUAAUUCUGUGCCAUGACUAGCCUUAUGUUAGCGGCUCACUCUGGCCUCUCCUACCUCUGAUGCAAAACAUUUUCACCGAAAAGUAUACUCAAAAGUCUCUGUGCCAUCGGGGAAAUUUCAUGCAGAAGGAUGCAUCUUUUUAAAGGCACGAUUGCAUCCCCCCAAAUGGAUCUGUUAAGGAAGGGCGCCUGCGAGUUUUUGCGCGAUCUUUUCACCGGGAGAUCUGCCGAGCGGUUUGGAAAUAGGGAGAACGGAAUUUAAAAGAGGGAAAGUGGCAGAGGGAAAGUGGAAUUGAUGGGUCUGUCCAUUCCUGCUUCAGAUAAAGAGUUUCUCCAAGCGAUGGAGAAUGACUACAUUAAUUACCGUCCUGCCGGCAUCCGCCCACAAGGCACCAUUCAUUAAGAUCUUACUGAGGCAGGAAUGCCUCUGUGAAACCGCCCCCCCCCAUUCCCCAUGGGAUUGUAAUGGGGGGGGGGGCUGAGGAAGGGGAAAGCGCAAUGGACCUAAUAAUCCCAUCCCAGAAGACUAAUCCGGUUAAAUGAAUCUGAUAUUGGAGAUGUUUUCGGAAUCCCAAUUCCAUGGAGGGUCGUCUAUUUCGCCUAAGUACAGUGUAUGGCCUUGUGAAAGUACCUUUUAUGGCUAGGCAGAUAUCCCUCUCUCUCUCUCUCUCUCUCUCUCUCUCUCUCUCUCUCUCUCUCUCUCUCUCUUUCAGUGGAUGUGGGUCUCUCUGCCCACCUACUUUAAAAAACACACACGCCAGGCAUAGCUCCUUAGCUUGCGGCCCCAACCCCACCUACUGGGAGCAAGCCCCAUUGAAUUCAGUAGGACUCACUUUCAAGUAAAGGGGAAGGCAGCCAGGGUGGGAGGGAGGUGGAAUAGCACGUGCUAGAAAGGGCAAGCCUGGCUGGCACCCAGAACUGGAGCACUCCUCAUUGCAAUAUUUUGUGGCAGGUACAAUUUGCCAUUUUUAAAUGUAUACAAACCUCUCCCUUCUUCCAGAGAUCUACAGUCUCCCCCCUUUUUAAUCCUCACAAAAGCCCUGCUAUUUGGGUUAGGCUGACGCUUAGCUAGUAACCCAAGAAGGUCACCCACUGAGCUUUGCAGUUAAAUGUGGAUUCGAACCCAGCUCUCGUUGCUUUUGGUCCAAAGGUGGGGCGUCUCUGUCUCCCCAGACCAGCUUUGCUAGGUAGGCGGGGCCACCCAGCCUCAGUUGAUUGACAGAUGGGGCACCACUUGGGGAUAUGGCUUAGAGGGCUCUAUUGCACUGCCCUUUCUAUCUCCAGCCCUCCGACUAGCCAGGGCCCACCUAAAUUAUUCAAACUGCAGAUUUUGCACGGCGCUCAGAACGAUUACUGGCUGUGGACUUGAUUUCCAAGUACAGAGUUUCGAUAUUCCCUCUGUGUAUAUUAAAAAAAUAUUUUUUGGAAUAAACAGAAGUGGCCCCAGGCAUCUCCCAGGUGAUUGUGGAGCACUGUGGGGAGGAUAGACCCCUCACCCUUUGAUCCUAAUCUUAGAUUUCACCUACUAGGGAGGAAAGAAGCUGGGAAAUCCUUGUUUUGCAAUAACAGGAGGACACAAACGCCUCUUUUGCUCUAUUUCUCUCCCUCUCUGCAGAUGAUAACGUUCUCUGAGAUGGCUGUUAUUUAGGCCAUUAUUCUAAUGGGGCAUGUUGGCCAUCUUGAAUUCAUCAUCUUAAUAGGAGACCAUUUGCAGUAUCCCAUUAGCUUAAUAAAGGCUCCCAGCUGCUUGGAGAGCUGGGGGGUUGAUGUUAGCACAGGGCAUUGGGGAGAAAUGGCAGCGGAGGGAGAGCGAGAGAGAGCAAAGGCACAUUAAUUCAACAGAUUAUAUUGGAUGGCGAUGCUGACGAGGCUUCUUUUCUCCAGACCUCAUCACACUCUUUGUUUCUGCAAAGCAUUCGCCAAGGCAGUCCCUGGCGGAUUAGGCCCUGUGUUGGUGGAUUUCAGGCUCCGAAUCCGGAUUAACUCCUAGGGCUGCGCUCCCUUCUGGGUGACCCUCUGGAGGUCAACAUGGGCAACAAAUGUAAAUGCCUCUUUUGCCCAGUAGGGUUCCGAGGCUCCUAAGUUUCUGAGGUGUGUUCAAGGGCAGCCCCAUAUAGAGCUCAUUGCAGUAGUCCAGCCUGGACGUUACCAGAGCAUGGAGUGCCAUGGGCUAAGGUGGGUUAGCAGGGGAGGCCUGCGUGGUGCCCUGCAGAUAUUGUUGCGCCCUCAGCUCCCAUCAGCCCCAGCCAGCAUGUCUGACAAACCAGGGAUGGUGGGUGGUUUCUAGAGAACGGCUGUCUCUGAUCGGCCCAACAACCUGGUCUGGCAUGGUCCACAUUAAUAUAUAUUCUGCCAGUAUCUAUUCCGGUUGCAAUGCUUGGAACAAACUACAGGCACCUGCAGAAUUGUGGGUCUGCUAUUGUUCUAACAGGGAUGUGGUAGUGCUGUGGUCUAAACCACAGAGCCUAGGACUUGCCGAUCAGAAAGUCAGCGGUUCGAAUCCCCGUGACGGGGUGAGCUCCCGUUGCUUGGUCCCUGCUCCUGCCCACCUAGCAGUUCGAAAGCACUUCAUGUGCAAGUAAAUAGGUACCGCUCCAGCGGGAAGGUAAACGGCGUUUCCGUGCGCUGCUCUGGUUCGCCAGAAGCGGCUUAGUCAUGCUGGCCACAUGACCUGGAAGCUGUGGACAAAUGCCGGCUCCCUCGGCCUAUAGAGCGAAAUGAGCGCGCAACCCCAGAGUUGUCCGCAACUGGACCUUGCGGUCAGGGGUACCUUUACCUUUAUUGUUCUAACACCAAAGGACGCGCUGAGUUAAGUUACGAACUUUUAAAAUUCCCAUCAAGCUGGAACCAGGUGAACCUCACCCCCACCACUAGAAAAUAUGGGAACAGAGCGAGAGAAGGUUUUGUCACUUGGGAGACUGUGAUAAUUGGGAUGGAAAUUUUGACCCAGUUCUCUGCCUCCGAGGGGAAUCUCUGCAUGUGAAAAGCGCCACCUUUCCCCCCUCUUUCUUUCCCUGUUGGGUGUGUGGCCCACUGGGAACCUCUUCUUGGGCAGGGGCAAUUGAAAGAAAUUCCCUGCAAGUUGCUGUAGUGUGCGGUCCUCUCAUUUUUUGGCUGAGCACGUGCACAAGAGACAUCUGCCUCCACGCAAGCAGAUUUGUGCAGAUGCUCUGGGGCCGUUUUGACUCUCCUUCGGGAGUAAGGAAAAAAGGGUCCUUGGAUCUUGGCGCUUGCAGGCGGGGAGAGCCUUUUGUCAAAUUUGUCUCUGCAAGAUCUGAGCCGCCUGUCAGUCUUUUGAAUGGGGAGUUUUGCUUCGCCUCUGUGAUCUCUGUUUCUUCGUCUCCUGUGGGGAGGUGUUUAAACACCUCCCUGCCUUUAAUUAUCUGUCCCCUUUGGUGAUUGAGUGAAAGGCUUGAAGUGAUCAAAGAGACAGAUGGCAGUUGACCGAAUUUAGAGACCCCCGAUGCCAUUCUGCUUCACUGCCAGUGCAACUUGAUGCCCUUUCGUCAUUUGGGAUGCAGGCCAGUGGCAGAACAUCUGCUUUGCAUGCAGAAAGUCCCAGGUCCGAUCUGGGUGAAAGGGCUGGGAAAAAGACUCCCUGCCUGAAAUCCUGGAUAGCCACUGUCGCUGUUCAGGGAGGUUUUUUUAAUGUCUGAGGGGCUUUUUGGUGUGUUUUAACAUUUUUUUGGAAGCAUCCCAGAGUGGCUGGGGCAACCCAUUCAGAUGGGCACCAUAUAAGCAAUAAUAAUAAUUAAUAAUAAUAAUAUAGGUACAGGGACCCCUGACCCAUAGCUGUCAACCUUCCCUUUUUUUGCGGGAAAUUCCCUUAUUCCAGCACCGUUUCCCACUGCUUCCCACUGCUGUCCCAGAUUGUUAGAUAUCCUGUAGACUGUCCCCAGGAUAGGGGAGGCUGCUGAUCCCUUAUUUUUGAGGCUGCUGCUACCUUAUUUUCAAAUCUGAAAGUUGACAGCUAUGCCCUGACCGUUAAGUCCAGUCGUGGACAACUCUGGGGUUGCACGCUCAUCUCACUCUAUAGGCCAAGGGAGCCGGUGUUUGUCCUCAGACAGCUUCUGGGUCAUGUGGCCAGCAUGACUAAGCCGCUUCUGGCGAACCAGAGCAGCGCACGGAAACGCCGUUUACCUUCCCGCCAGAGCGGGACUGCUUUCGAACUGCUAGGUUGGUAGGAGCAGAGACCUUGCCACAUCGCGGGGAUUUGAACUGCCGACCUUCUGAUUGGCAAGUCCUAGGCUCUGUGGUUUAGUUAAUUAAUGCAGCUAUUCUUCUAUCUCAAGCCGAGGUGUAAUUUGGGUAAUUUUUAAGAUUGUCCAGCACCAUGCCUUGUCACUCUCUGUUUCUCUCACUCCUGUAUAUGUGGGUCCAGUUUGGCCCGAAUGUGCACAAAAAACAAGAUGGUAAGGGGGAACACACCCCUUCGUGUUGCUAGUGGUUUUGGGGGGCUAGGAUCCCUUUUGAAUGACAAGUUACUUCUGCAAGCAGAAAGCUUAGCGCAGGGGUCAGCAAACUUUUUGAGCAGGGGGCCGGUCCACUGUCCCUCAGACCUUGGCGGGGGCAGACUAUAUUUUGAAGGGGGGGGGAAAUGAACAGAUUCCUAUGCCCCCCAAAUAACCCAGAGAUGCAUUUUUAAUAAAAGGGCACAUUCUACUCAUGUAAAAACACGCUGAUUCCCAGACCGUCCAUGGGCCGGAUUGAGAAUACGAUUGGGCUGGAUCCGGCCCCCGGGCCUUUGUUUGCCUACCCAUGGCUUAGUGCAUCAGGAGAGGAAAUGAGCUUACCUAGCUGACUCCACAGUACACUAAUUUCUGUUUCCAGGGAGAAUCUCCCCCCACAAUACUCUCCCACCUGCAGUCCGAAGUAGUUGAGUUCAAUGCUGCCUUGGAUUCUGUACAGCAACACUUUGCCUGCCGUACUCCAAAACAUUGGCCUUCCAAGUGGCUGCAGGAUCAGGACCACGGAGUCACAAAUUCCAGCAUUCAUUAACCGCUCUGGGGCAGGGAGAAACUUUGCCCCACCUGCGUUCUGGCACAUGACCUUGUUCACCCUGCUUGGUAGGUCUCCACGUUCACCCUGGGCUCCCUUUUUUAUUUUAGGUUUGCAAAUUGGCAAUGGUGCCCUUAGAAGAUCAGACCUUGGGCGUGUUCUUUAAUUGGUGCAAGAGGGCUUGGGAAAGCAGCGCCAAAAACCCACACGGGCUCAUUUGAUCCUCCCGGUAUGUUGCUUUGAUAAUUACAAGCUUAUAGGUGAAGAUGAGUCUUUGAUGUAUUGACAGGUUUCACCCGGGCGGGAGGAAAAUUUCGAUGAGGUUGAAGAUGUGGACGGUUUUCCUAAGCAAAAUGGUCUCCUUCACUUUUGACAGGAGAGGGUGUUUCUAAGGGUGGGAGAGGAAAGCAGAGAUAUCCUUGGAUGGAUUAAUUUUCUAUAUUUUUUAAAAAAAUUCCAAGACAGCAAGCAGAAAGAACAGAUUGUAGUUAAUUGCUGCUAAGCAGCAACGGUUCAGAGCAGCUCAGGAGGGAAUGGGGAGCAGCACACAGGAGCUGGUGGGCUGAGGCGGACUCUGUCUUGACCUUGAAGGCAACAUCCGAGGGCUUUGAGGAAAGAGAAAAAGAAGGCAGCCAGAGCUAUCUUGGCUCUCCUUGGCAGAAGUAGAACCUGAACUCCGGUUACCGUUUCUGGCAUACAGUCAUACUUCAUGUUAUGUCCCCUUCAUGUUACGUUCUUUCAGGUUAUGUCCCGUGGCAACCCGGAAGUACUGGAAAGGGUUACUUCCGGGUUUCGCCGCUCGUGCAUGCGCAGAAGGCAAAAUGAUGUCAUGCGCAGAAGCGGCGAAUCGCAACCUGCGCGUGCACAGACGUGCCGCUGCGGGUUGUGCUCUUUUAAUGUUGCGAACAAUGACAAACCUAGGCCAUAAAGAAGGUCCGUCUAGUUAAAGCUAUGGUUUUCCCAGUAGUGAUGUAUGGAAGUGAGAGCUGGACCAUCAAGAAGGCUGAUCGCCGAAGAAUGGAUGCUUUUGAAUUCUGGUGCUGGAGGAGACUCUUGAGAGUCCCAUGGACUGCAUGAAGAUCAAACCUAUCCAUUCUGAAGGAAAUCAGCCCUGAGUGCUCACUGGAAGGACAGAUCGUGAAGCUGAGCCUCCAAGACUUUGGCCACCUCAUGAGAAGAGAAGACUCCCUGGAAAAGACCCUGAUGUUGGGAAAGAUGGAAGGCGCAAGGAGAAGGGGACGAAAGAGGACGAGAUGGUGGGACAGUGUUCUUGAAGCUACCAGCAUGAGUUUGACCGAACUGCGGGGGGCAGUGGAAGACAGGCGUGCCUGGCAUGCUCUGGUCCAGGGGGUCACGAAGAGUCGGACACAACUAAACGACUAAACAACAAACAACAACAAAAAUGUUGCGAACGAGCCUCCGGAACGAAUCCCGUUCGCUGCCACAGGUACCGCUGUAUUUUUUCAUGCCUAAUUAAAUCUGAGCGGAGGGAAGGGUGAAAGGCAAGCAGGUGACUUGGUUGGCUGAGGGCAAGCUGGGAUGUUGACCCAAGAAGCGACACGCCCCACCCCCAGGACAUAAAAACUCAAGCAGAUCUCUGCUGGAUCAGGCCAAUGGCCCAUCUAGUCCAACAUCUUGUUCUCACAGUGGCCAACCAGAUGUCUCUUUGUAGAUCAGAGAUGGGGGAACCUGUGGCUCUGAACAUUUUUGGGCUCCAACUCCCAUCAACCAUGCAACCAAAGCACUGUCAAUGGUCAGGGAUGAUGGGAACAUCCAGAGAGCCCAUCCCAGGAAAAUAUGUGUACACAAGCUUUGGGGUAUUGUUUAAAGCGUCUGUUUUUGGCGAGCAACCGAGUUUAAUUAAUGUGGCACGUCAGUGAUUUUGCAAAGCUCCCGGUUAACUAACCUGUGCAACAGAAUUGCUUUAUUAAGACAUCUGCCCAGGCAGGUCAUGGCAAAGUUUUGCUUUAUAAAAAUAGUCCGUUGCCCAAUUUGUAUAGAAAGAACAUGAAUUGUCUUGUUGUUGCUUUUAUUCAGAAGGCUUUCACUAGCGUGGCCGCCUUUUUAUAUUAACCGUUUUCGUGUGCUUCCUGUUUCUUUUUCUUUUUUUAAAGUAAGAAUUUUGUGGUUCUUUUGGAUGAAAUAGUCAUUAAUCUGCUGUGAUUUCCAGUUUAUUUAGCUCCCCUAAAAUUGGUGUUUAAUCCCUGCGCAAACUCACUUUUCUUCUUUUUUGUAUUUUGUAUUGUAUCUCAUUGUGCAGGAUUGAUUGUAUAUGCUUGUGUGUGUUCAUACACCAGGUACAUAUGUUUGCUGUUCUUAGAGCCUGUCUAUUAUUAUUAUUAUUGUUGUUGUUAUUAUUAUUACAGUGGUACCUCGGGUUAAGUACUUAAUUCAUUCUGGAGGUCCAUACUUAACCUGAAACUGUUCUUAACCUGAGGUACCACUUUAGCUAAAGGGGCCUCCUGCUGCUGCCACACUGCCGGAGCACGAUUUCUGUUCUCAUCCUGAAGCAAAGUUCUUAACCUGAAGCACUAUUUCUGGGUUAGCAGAGGUUGUAACCUGAAGCGUAUGUAACCUGAAGCGUAUGUAACCUGAGGUACCACUGUAUUAAUAUUACUAUUAUUUAUUUCAAUUUAUAUAAUGCCUCUCAGGGCUGUUCACAACAUAAAAAUACAAUAAAGAAAAAAUAAAACACAUAAUAAAAAUAAGAACAAAAACAAACCAAUAAUCCUUCCUCUCACAACUCAUUUAAAAGGGUAUCUGAUGUUAAUCAGCCAGAGGUCUGGUUGAAGAGGAACAUUUUUGCCUGGCAUCUAAAGGUGUACAACUAGACAAGUGAUAUAAAAUCUGAUGGCAAUAUUCUACCUUGGCUCCCGGGAGGCAUUAAUGCAUCUACAUCCCAGUUGCUGGGAAGGAACUGCAGUUGGGGAAAGUUGCUUGUGGGCUUCCCAUUGGGGGCCUCUGGUUGGCCGACGCAAGGACAGGAUGAUGGGCCCCCCUUGGCCUGAUCCAGCAGCUAGGCUCUCCUCAUGUUCUUCCCCAAAGCCCCUCCUUGGAUCAUGGCCAUUUGGCAGGUUUCCCCUCCCCGCUCUGAGCCUUCUUAACAAGAGAAGAAAGCAAACCCAGCCACCUGUCAGCGCCAAAAUUGGGCGAUGAAAAGCAGCCCCUUUGGGAGAGUCGCUGCAGAAGACGCCGCAGCCUGCGGCACUCUUGUCUUCUUGCCACUUGUUUCUAAUUGCACGCAUGUUAAGAUGCCGCUUAGAGAGAGCGGGGGCACUUCCCCCCCCAGGCCCCUCCUCGCCCGCCUGCGUCCCUCAAAACAAGAGGCACACAGAUGAAGCGAUCGGGAGUGAGGAUGCUGGCAGGCACCAAUCUGUUACACCACCCCCCAGGUUCCAGAUGAAGAAAACUAAAUAUAGAUGCCUGGGACGUCUUCGUUUUUGCCUUUUGCUUCUUCGACCUGCGUGCAAAGGGUGAAAUCUGAGGGUGCGUCGUAGCCUCUCCUAAGCGAUCCUAGUCAGAAAUCCCCCCUCCCCACUUUUACCUCCCCUCCCCCCUCCUGGGGCCAAGCAAUCCCUCAGCAAGGACACGUUAUUGGUGAAAUGGGUCUUCUGGCCUUGUUUCAAAACUCGCCGCAGACCACUCUAUCAUAUUACUUUUAAAAAGUAACUCGGUAAUCAAUUUGACUCCAGGGCUCGAGGCAAAGGGAUAAUGCUUAAUGGCUCAAACUCGAUCUAUAUUAAUCAUAGCACUUUCCCCACCAAAGUCCGGCUUCCCGACUGAGGGAGCAACAAACAGCGGUGUGCACGUUUGUGUGAGAGAGAUGUAGUUAGCUUCUGAGCACGUGCAAAGUGUUUCCGUACAGCAGGAGUGGGGGGCUUUUUCAGCCUGAGGGCCACCUUCCCUUCUGGGCAACUUUCCGGGGUCCACAUGUUGUGGGUGGGUGGAGCCAGAGGCAAAAGUGGGCAGAGCAACAAAUGCAAAUUUCCCCUAGCCCCCCCUCCUCCCUCCUCCAUUGAGACAAGCAAAAGGCAUUCUCUGAGUUCAAGGACAUAUUUCCAGACAGGCAAAAACUCUCACGGAAGGUGCAAAGCAGGACCAGUGAGGGGCGUGGCCUGUGUAGAAAGGGUGUGGCUUAUGGAGUGUCCCAGCUAGAGAGGAUGGCAUUUGGCCCCUGGCUCUGAGUUCCUCAUCCCUCUUGGUUACCUUAUACUUCUGUACCCAUGGUGACCAACUUUUACCAAGUUGCAAUUGCUGGGUGAUUCUGAUCACCUGUGGGGCCGGGGUCCCGGAAAUGUGAGUCAUAGCAGAAUGGGGCCCAGCGUAAGGCUGGAGUAAGGAAGCAGUAUUCCCGUCCUCUCAAUUACAUUCUCUUUUUAGGGCUUCUCUGUCUCAAAUUCCUCUUGGAUUCUGGUUUGACUACAAAAAAAUUCAAAGAAUUACGUCGCUGUUUUGCUGCAGUUCUGAUCGUUGUUUGCAAGUUCACUGCAAGCUCUGCGAUCAGGAGCGGGUGCAUUUUCUUUGGCGUAGCAGGGGGGGGGCUCCAGUCAGGAGUGGGUGGGGGCCACACAUUUCUUCUCUCUCUCUUCCUCUUUUUGCUUUCUCUUUCUGUCCCCAUUCCUCUCUCUCUCUAGCACCCCUCUGCAGCAACAGAGAACAAGUUGCACAACCCUAAUAAUAAUAAUAAUAAAAUUUUAUUUAUAUUCCGCCCUCCCCAGCCAAAGCCGGGCUCAGAGCGGCUAACAACAAUAAAAGUAACACAGCAUUCUAAAAUCAAUUCAUUUUAAAAUCAAUUCAAAAUCAAAUUAAUGGCAACCAUUGGGCUAGAGUUCUGUGAAGAUUACCAAAGGAGGGGGUCAGGCUGUGUCUUGGCCAAAGGCCUGGUGGAACAGCUCUGUCUUGCAGGCCCUGUGGAAAGAUGUCAAGUCCCACAGGGCCCUAGUCUCUUGGGACAGAGCGUUCCACCAGAUCGGGGCCACAGCCGAAAAAGCCCUGGCUCUGGUUGAGGCCAGCCUAACCUCCCUGUGGCCCAGAACCUCCAAGAUGUUUUUGUUUGCAGACCGUAAGGUCCUCCGUGGGACAUACCAGGAGAGGCAGUCCCGGAAUUACCUGAUAAGAAAAGAAUCUGAUCUGGGUUUGUUUUAACUCAUUACAGCUAGAGAAAACCACAGUUCCCUGAGUCAAGACGAAACAGGGAACGGUGGUUGUUUUGAAAGUGGAAGCUUUUGAUUUCUUCCGUUUAUGGAAGGCUCAUUCAUCUAGCUAGAAACCGCUGUUUUAUCAGUGAUCGCUACCUUCCCAUGCCGAGGCUUCAUUUCUGUGCAAUUGCAUUUAGAGUUUGUCGCAAUCCAGUCCAACACCCCCCCCCCGCUCCAUCCUGACUGCCUUGUGCACUAACGACAGCCCCCUCCCCCAAAUCCGCUACCUCUUUCCCCCUCCACCUCAGCUGCUAUGCAGAUGGUCCCAUUUGCAUCUGUCGAGGUUUUAAUUAUCAUUCAAAUUAAAUUAAAUUUGAAAAGGCAGUGAGCUGUUCACGCCGGAGCAAGGUGCACACUCGAUGUAGGCCACUUUUUUUCUUUGUCUCCCCCUGCCAGUCUUUUAAAAAAAUGGUGGGGAAUGUUUCAGCAAUGAGCCCCCCCCCCCGACCAGCUGAUGUGUCCUGUAAUGUUGGUUGAUGUGGCUUUGUGAAUAUGUAAUAAAUGAGUCAUGCAUGAUAUUAGUGUGGCAUCUGUUAUGGUCCCAGACCAGGACUCCUCUGAGUUAGAGUCCACCAGCAAUUGUACCACUGAGAGGGGAUAAAUCUGCAUCCUGGUCCACCCUGUGUUGGUCUUUGGGCGCCAGAGUCCACUUCUCCUCCACCCUGAGACAACGCUGCCUUCAGACUCUGAUGGCAGGUCAAUGGGCCCCUUGGGGUCGCAAAAGAUCCCUGAGGAGAGGUCCCUGCAGCUAGACACCCCAUUAUCUUGAAGAAGUUAGCAGCUGCAGGGAAAGGCAAUGUCCCUUUAGCUGGUCAGGAGGGGACUUGUGACUAUCCAACGCCUGCUAAACCUCAGCUAGUGGCUCCAGGCUCUUGCUAAGACAACAUGGAUGCUUAGUCUCAGCGGCAGGAGUGCUGUCCAUGGUCCUGAACCUAAACCUGGCUCUCCUACCAAGGUCCUUGCCAUUGUGCUUACUAGAAACCUUUAAACUUCCCUUCCUUGGGCCAUUCAUGGGCAUCCAUAGGAUGGUUUUUUUGUGGGGGGGGGGGACAAAAUGCUGAACCAAUAGUUCUCAAAUUUCAAGGCAGGUCUCCCCAUGCGAAGACAGCUGGAAGGGAAGGGGUGAAGUUACAGUGCAGAAUGAUUUCCCUUUUGCCAUGAUGAUCAGACAUAGGUAGCUAGCUUUUGUAUUAAUGGGUAAAAUAGCCUGUGCUUUCCUCCUCCCUCUUUAUUUGAUUUGACAGAGAUGACUAAUGUAGGGACAGGCAGGCGAGUCGUGUCUGCGUGUGGACUAGUAACUUUUAUUUUGCAAGGCCGCGACAGCGUGCGUUUACCCAACAUCAGCACAAAACACAGAGGUCUGUAUGUGGGUCGAUUUUUGAACCCUCCGCGACCUCGGCCUCUCUCUGAGUGAAUUGGCUUUCUGUGUCACUCGUAAAAGGGGCAGCGGGCAGGGAGGGGGAGAGAGAGAGAGGAGGCCUGUACUCAGCACGGCAGAAUUUAAUUUCCACUGUGCCGAAAUAGAAAGCGAUUGCCCUCCCGCCCCACCUAACAAACCAGAAAAUCACACUCCUCUCCCUCAGUUUCCUGUAAGCUGGGGAAAGGGCUUUCUGGCAGCCACGGAGCUGUGAGCUUAGAUAACAGGAUGGCGGUGGUGCCUGGAGACAGAGUGAUCCGUUGGGUCUUUUAAUGCAAUCAAACCAAUUAGAAAGCAGAGGAUUCCAGGGGAAAUUAUUGGGGGAUUUCCUCUUCUCUGAGAUACCUCCCCUUUUUAUUCUUAGACAUUUGCUUUGCUUACAGCUGUGGUUUAACUCCUUUUACCACCAUAGAUAAAUAAAUCUAGACCAGGGAUCACCAACAGAGUGCACUCCAGAUGUGCUGGACUCCACUCCCCAUCAGCGUGGCCAGAGGUCAGGAGGUAAUGGGGAGAAACCACAUUGCCUACACAUGCCUACACCCCAAUCUAAUGUAAACCAAGGGAGUGUGUCUGUUUGCUGUGGAUGGAAAUGAAUUUCAGGGGCUUCUGGUCUCCCAGAUGCAGCCUGUUCACCCCCACUCUCCCUCCUCCAGGCAGAUUGCCAGUCUGGAGGAGGGAGAGUGGAGGGUUUUAGCAGCAAACUGGAGGGCUUUAGCAGCAAAACAACUGUUUUGGAACCUUAGUUUUGCCUGUGCUGCAGACAUGGAGACAACUAGAUUUGUUUUGUUGGUUUGCUUCUGCAAAUUCCACCGGACUUCCAAAAUUCCAGCCGGAGUUUUUUGGGAAAUGUGCUGGAGGAUGAGAACCAUCCUUCAGUGGGGAGUUCUAGCAUGAAGCUGAAUGUUGGAAGACCUGGGACAGAGGAAAGAAAGGACUUCUUUCAUACAGCACAGACUGUGGAACUCUCUGCCACAAGAGGCAGUGAUGGCCACCAACUUGGAUGGCUUUAAAAGAGGAUUGGGCAAAUUCUUAGAGAGGGAGGCUACUAGUGUUUACUAGCCACAGUGGCUAUGCUCUCUCCUCAGCUGUUAGAGGCAGCACGCUCUCAACAUUUGAAACGUGCCUGCUGGUUCCAAAAAGUUGGCAACCCUUAUACUAGAAUUUCGGCGUGGGGUGUGCGAUGCCCAGUGAAACUCUUCGGCAGUAGUUUUUAGAGUUGACCCAAAGAAAGGUUUCCUUUUCGCCAGUUCACUGCAGUUGAUGGCCUCUGGCUUAGAUUGCUCUCUUUCCUUUUUGAAGCGAGGGUGCUAGUCAAAUUCAUGGUCUGUUGAUGGGUGAGUUUUAAAAAGCUGAACUUCCAUGUUCUAGGGCAGUCUACCACUGCUGGUGACUAGAUCCUGGAUUUCUUGUGGCUGGGGAUGAUCCGGCAGGGGCUUCUCUUAUGUCAGUUCUCAAGCGAGGAAAUGGAAUGUUGUACAUGGUAGACCUUUCCUGCUGUCAGGUUGUAAUAAAUUUUGGAGGUUACUGUUCUUGCAGUCAUUGUGUGCAUAAAUAUUUUGAUGAACUCAAUCAGAAAGAAAGAAAGAACUGGAAAGACAGCAGAGGGGGUGAGAGACAGAGAGAGAGAGAGAGAGAGAGAGAGAGAGAGAGAGAGAGAGAGACGUUUGGCUUGUUUAUUUUUCCAAAAGCAUUUAUUGAUCAAAGGUCAAGAUGCACCCUUCACUUUUUAAAGAAAUAAUUUGGCUUCCCUGCCCCCCCCCCCGGAAGCAACACAAGACCUGCAAGGUCUUUGCAAAAGCAGCAAAGUAGGCUUGGCCAACCCAGUGUCAUCCGGGUCGCGUCACUCAAUGGCAGUUGUGUGAAGGGUGCUUGGGGAGACGUGCCCCAUGGAGACCCCACCUGGGCAGCCUGUUCAGUAGUACGUCUCCUUCUCUACCCAACCCCCUGGGUGCCGACGGAUGAGGUACUUCCGGAUCUCGUCAUAGACGAAGAUCAGCACGCUGAAGGGCAGGGCGCAGAGCCACCAGGUGACCCGCAGCGGGAACAUCCUCAGGGCCGCAUCCAGCCCGGGGCAGUAGGACAGGAAGACGGCCAAGGUGGUCUCUUCCACGAGGCCGAAGAUGAGGACCCUGUUGCGCAUGCCCUGCUGGAAGAGGGAGAGCUUGCGUGUCUUGCAGAUGAUGAGGUCAGCCCACUGCACCACCACGAUGCUGACGAAGAAGGCAGUGUGGCAGGUGUACUCCACCACCUUGCGCUGCGUGUAGGUCCACUCCUGCCCGUAGCUGUCUUCCAGGUCGUUCUUGGUCUUGUCGUCCCAGUCCAGGCGGAGGCCCAGCAAGGUGAGAGGGAGGAAGCCGUUCUCCGCCAUGAUCACAAAGUAGGAGUAGAAGCCGGCCAGCGCCUGCAUCAUCCCAAUCUGCCCGUACGCCAUGCUGAUGAGGCGCUGGUUUACCAGCUUGUCCUUCUUCGGGUCCCGCGGCUUCCUCUUCAUGAUGUCGCUCUCGGGGCCCUCGUAGGCCAGGGAGAUGGCCGGGACCAUGUCCGUGCCGAGGUCGAUGCACAGGAUGGUGAUGGUCCCCAGAGGGAGAGGGAUGUUGAAGAUGAUGAACAGCAGGAAGGGGGAGAUCUCGGGGAUGUUGCUGGUCAGGGUGUAGGCGAUCGACUUCUUCAGGUUGUCGAAGAUCAGGCGGCCUUCCUCCACACCCGUCACGAUGGAGGCGAAGUUGUCGUCGAGGAGGAUCAUGUCCGCGGCCUGCUUGGAGACGUCGGAGCCGGCGAUGCCCAUGGCGAUGCCAAUGUCGGCCUUCUUCAGGGCCGGCGAGUCGUUCACCCCGUCGCCCGUCACGGCCACGAUGGCCCCCUGCCUUUGGCACCCUUCCACAAUGAUCAGCUUCUGCUGCGGGGAGGUCCGGGCGAAGACGAUCUCGGCGUGGUUCCUGAGGAUGUUGUCCAGGUCCGCAGAGGUCAUGUCCUUGAGGUUGGUGCCGUGGAUGACGCAGGCUUUUGCAUCCCUCGGGUUGACUUCACUGACGGGGAUGUUGAGCCGUGCGGCUAUGUCCUCCACGGUCUCGCUUGUCUCGGAGAUGAUGCCCACACCCCUGGCGAUGGCCUUGGCCGUGAUCGGGUGGUCUCCGGUCACCAUGAUCACCUUGAUGCCGGCACUCCGGCACUUGCCCACGGCAUCUGGCACAGCGGCUCGGGGCGGGUCAAUCAUGGAGAUGAGCCCCACAAAGCAGAGCUGCUUGAUGGGAAAGUUGACCUUCUCUGCGUCGAACUUGAAAUUCCUGGGAAACUGGCGCUCGGGGAGGUAGGAGUGGCAGAAGCCCAGCACUCUCUCUCCCAGCCCGCCCAGUUCAUCGUAGGCUUUCUGGAACUCCGCUUGCAUCUUCUUGUCCAUGUUCACCUCCUUCCCUUGGAUCAUAAUGGUGGAGCAGCAGUCCAGGAUCCUUUCGGGAGCUCCCUUCAUCACCAGGAUGUGGCCCUUGGGCUUGUCUUCAGCUUCGUGGAUGGACAGCUGGUAUUUGUUUGUGGAGUUGAAGGGGAUCUCCACCACUUUGGGAUUCUUCUCCCGCAUCUUUGCCACGGGCCCAGCGGACAACUCUAUGCAUUUCAGGAGCGCGGACUCGGAAGCAUCCCCAGUCGUCUCCCUCUUGGUGAUGGGGACUGCCUCCUGACCCACUUUGAAGUCCGCUCUGUUGCACAGGCCCGCAAUACGAGCCAGGGCUGCCCACGUUGGGGAGCGCUUGUUUAACAUGGCCCCGGCCUGCUCCUCGGUGGUGUCCGCUUCGUGGAUCUGGUUGUCCAUCCACAUGUGGGAGACGGUCAUGCGGUUCUGAGUCAGGGUGCCCGUCUUGUCCGAGCAGAUGGUGGAGGUGGAGCCCAGCGUCUCCACGGCCUCCAGGUUCUUCACGAGGCAGUUCUUGCGGGCCAUGCGCUUGGCGGUCAGGGUGAGGCACACUGUGACUGUGGCCAGCAGCCCUUCGGGCACGUUGGCCACAAUGAUGCCGAUCAGGAAGAUGACGGCAUGCAGCCAGGUGUAGCCGAGGACAAUGGAGAGAGCAAAGAAGCUCACACCCAGGAAGACGGCCACGCCCGUGAUGAUGUGGAUGAAAUGCGCUAUUUCCCUGGCGAUGGGGGUGGGGCCUUCCUCCAGGCCGGAAGCCAGGGAAGCGAUGCGGCCCAUCACCGUGUGGUCCCCCGUCAUGAUGACGAUGCCACGGGCCGUGCCUUCCACGCAGUUGGUGGAGAAGAAGCAGAUGUUGCGAGUCUCCAGCGGGUUGUCGUUGGUGAAGUCCGGGGAGCGGCUCUGCGGCUCCGACUCGCCCGUCAGGGAGGAGUUGUCCACCUUGCAGCCGCUGGCAGAGAUGAUUCGCAAAUCGGCGGGGAUCCGGUCUCCGCCUUUGAUCUCCACCAGAUCCCCCCUCACCACAUCCUCGACAGAGAUCUGCAUCUUCUCCCCAUCGCGGAUCACGAGGGCCUGCUGGGGCACCAUGUGCUUGAAGGAGUCCAUGAUCCUGGAGCUCUUGGCCUCCUGGUAGUAGGAAAAGCAGCCCGUCACAAUGACCACGGCCGUCAGCACGAUUCCCAGGUAGAGGUUGUCCUUGAGGACAUAGGGCUCCAUCAUGAUCUGGAUGCCGUAGGCCAAGAAGCAGAGAAUGGAGCCCAGCCACAGCAGAAUGGAGAAGCCUCCAAACAGCUGCCGGCAGAACUUCACCCACUCCGGGGUGGUCGGGGGAGGCGUCAAGCUGUUUGGCCCCUCCCGAGCAAGGAUCUCCGCGGCAUGGGCGCUGGUCAGACCCUUGCUGAGGUCCACCCCAUACUUUCUGCUGAUUUCCUCCAGGGUCAACUUGUGGUCCUCGAGUUCCACUUCCUUUUUCAGGUCGUCCAGCGUAUGUUUCUCAUGACUCUUGCUCUUUGGCUUCCCCAUGACGGAUCCAAGACACUCCUCUUCUCACCUGUCUCUCAAGCUCCCACUCUCGGUAUCGUGCGGCACUGCUCUGGUGGGGCGGGGGUUAAAGGAAGGAAGGGGGGACGGGCAAGUUGGGGGAAGGAAGGGACCUGGAUCCCCAGGAGCGCCCCCUCCCAGGAGCUCCACCCCUCCACUAGCACAGCCAAGAGAAAGGAUGUGAACGGCAGGUGAAGGAUUGGCCCAAAGGCCACCUGUUAAAGGAACAGCCCUACCCACCUUUCCAACAGAGGGCGAAAAGGAGAAGCGAGGCCACGCCCCCUAACCACCAACCAACAAAGCUUCUGUGUCCUAGCAGCCAUGGCCCCGCCCCUUGUGACCAAGGACACACCCACUCCCCUGGCAUUGUUGCAUCAUGCUAGUCCCAGCUCUUAGCAACUGGGAACCAACCCCUGUCGAUGGUGAUGUCACACUGCCCUAGCAACAAGUGAAGGUCCUGUUGUUUAAUAGCAACCUGGGCCCUCCCGCAUCUGUUGCUGCUAUAAGGCCCAGCCCACAAAGAUGGUGUCAAUGCCCAGUGGCAUCUCCAGGCACGGCUGGGAUAAACCCCUUGUCUGAAACCCUGGAGAGCUGCUGCCAGCCAGUGUACGCAGUACUGAGCUGAAUGGACAUCGAUGCUCUAACUUGGCAGAAGCCAGUUUCCUACGUUCCUAUUUAAACCAGCCCUUCAUUCAAAACUGCGAGGACUGAAAUCAUAGAAUCAUGGGGGAUCAUAGAAUUGUAGAACCUCUGCUUAAAAACCUCCAAAGAAGGAGUGUCCAUCACCUCCUGAAGGAGGAGUCUCUUCCACAGUCGAAGGGCUCUUACUAUCAGAAAGUUAUUUCUGAUGUUCUUUCAGAAUCUGCUUUCUUGCAUCUUGAAGCCAUUGGUUCGUACCCCCCCAGGAGAACGCAAGCUUUAUUUUUAGGGGCUGAGCAGUAGAACACCUGCUUCACAUGCAGAAGGUCCCAUGUGUCUCCAGGCACAGCUGGGGAAAAUCCAGAUAACUGCUGCCAGCCAGAGUAUACAGUAUUGAGCCAGGUGGAUCCAGUGGUCUGAUUUGGUAACAGGCUUCUUGGGCUUCUAUUCUUGGCCACCUUUACUGAACCCACAAGCAACCAGUUAUGCUUCAGAAAUCAACGUCUCGGCGUGGGAGACUCUCCCACGUCGUCCCUUUGAUUGUCUGUCCCUUAAAAACACACACAAAACCCCCUUAUUUUGUUCCUUCCCUCUUCGAAGCGAACAGCCCCCAAAGAAUGAAGCAUUCAUUCCCUGACAGCGCUAGGACCCCUAAAUAAACCUCGCUGUCACCCUGGCCACGCAUCCCUUCCCGGCUCAAUUAAAAUUCAGCCUUCGCGCUGUGAUAUGCGACGCAGCAACCCUUCUCUCUCUCCCACCUCUCCUUCCCUCUGCUGCCAGGCUGUUUGGGGAUGCAGCAAACGUUGGGGCCAGUGAAUGAGAGUGUCAGGCGGGUCAAGAGCUGAGACGGACACCCCGUCCUGCAGAGCCAAGCGCUUAUUGUUUGGUCGCCGCUGGGCUUUCUCUUGCCGUGUGAAAAAAUGUGCCGCAGUGCCAUAGCAACCACAGAAGAAGAACAGCCACAGAGGGGGACGCACCUCUCCUGUCCAAAAUAAAACCUCUUCCUGCUUUUGUCUUUAAGAAAGAACACACUUUCUUCCUUUUUAAUGUUUCAAACUUCUGUCUCUCCAGCACCACCAGUGGAAACGAUGCCGGAAAAUUAUAUUGGGAAGGGUGUUUUGAAAAAGGAUUUGGUGGCAAAUAGGACCUGCAUGUUGCUGUUUAAGGGUUCACAGCUUCCAAAAUUGUGGUCUGUUUUUGGCUCUCAAAUAGUAAUCAGUUUUCAACAACCCCCCUUUUUGAUAGAUGGUUGCUUCUGGUAUAAAUAAGUGAAAGCAAUAAAAAAGGGGGUUGUUGUUUAGUCGUUUAGUCGUGUCUGAUUCUUCGUGACCCCCUGGACCAGAGCACGCCAGGAACUUCUGUCUUCCACUGCCUCCUGCAGUUUGGUCAAACUCAUGCUGGUAGCUUCGAGAACACUGUCCCACCAUCUUGUCCUCUGUUGUCCCCUUCUCCUUGUGCCCUCCAUCUUUCCCACCAUCAGGGUCUUUUCCAGGGAGUCUUCUCUUCUUAUGAGGUGGCCAAAGUAUUGGAGCCUCAGCUUCAGGAUCUGUCCUUCCAGUGAGCACUCAGGGCUGAUUUCCUACAGAAUGGAGAGGUUUGAUCUUCUUGCAGUCCAUGGGACUCUUAAGAGUCUCCUCCAGCACCAUAAUUCAAAAGCAUCCAUUCUUCGGCGAUCAGCCUUCUUUAUGGUCCAGCUCUCACUUCCAUACAUCACUACUGGGAAAACCAUAGCUUUAACUAGACGGACCUUUGUUGGAAAGGUGGGGGAAUGGCAUUAUUAUCCAUCGUUCUCAUUCCAAUUACAUCCUACCUCUCCUCCAGGGAGCUCAAAGUGUCAUACGUGGUUCUCCCCUUUGCCGUUUCGUCCUCACAACAGCCCUGCAAGAUAGUUCAGGCUGUGACUGGCUCAUAGUUACCCAGGGAGCUUCAAAGCUUGAGUCAGGAUUAGACCGGGCUGACAGCGAGGUUAUAAGUCCCUUAGCCUGUUCAAACAGCCCCCUCACAAGUUCAGAAGAGAGGUGGCCCUGCUCAGACCCAGGUUUCGUAUGCGGCCCUCCAGAUCUCUCUGCCUGGCCCUCUGGAUUCUCCUCAGGCCACAUCCUGCACCCUCCGUGGAGUGCUUUUUCCUGGGUGGAAAUGUGUCAUUGAACGGUGGCACAUGCCCCAUGCUUGCCUGGAUGGAAGCUGUGUGUGUGUGUGUGUGUGUGUGUGUGUGUGUGUGUGAACUGCCAUCUUUUGCAUGCAAAGGUAGAAAUUGGGCCCUGCCCACAAUGGUCAUCCAGCCUCCAGAAGGUUGCCGCUGAUACAAUGGGGCCCAUGGGCUCACAAAAUGUUCCCUACCCCUGUUGCAGAGCUCUCUUGUUAAGUUGGUGAACCUUUCAAGGGGUGGGUGGGUGUGGAGAAACAGAUUCUACCAGCAUAGAGAUGAAAGGCAUAACCCACCCAGAAAAACAAACUUAUGUUUAUCUGUUUUCCCCAAAGGAGAGGGAAAAUCAGUUGGCAAUUAACAGGGUCAGGAACUCGCUAGAGGAAUGCUAUUUUUAGUGGCUAACCCUCAUUUUUUAAGCAUCCCACAAACUCCCCCUCACUUCCCUUGUUUAGAGAGUUGAAAACCGCCUCCAAAUGUUUGCUUAAGCACCAUAGUCUCCUUCUAUCUAUUCUAGGCAAUCCAGGAGCUGUCCGUGGUGUUGAAUGAAGGCUUUUCACGCAGCUCCCUUGACUUAGAAUCUUAGAAUCAGAGAUUUUGAAGGAACCUCUAGAAUAAUGUAGCUUUAUCCCCUGCAAUGCAGGAAUCUCAACUAAAGCAUCUAUGACAGAGGGCCAUCCAACCUCUGCUAGAAACCUCUAAGGAAGGAGAGUCCGCCAGCUCCUGAGGGAGACUGUUCCACUGUAGAACAGCUCUUACUGUCAGAAAGUUCGGAAUCUUCUUUCCUGUAACUUGAAGCCGUCGGUUUAGGUCCUGCCUUCUGGAGCAGGAGAAAACAAGCUUGCUCCAUCUUCCAUGUGACAGCGCUUUAGAUAUUGGAAGAUAACUUAACAUACCUCUCUGCUCACUCUCCUCUUUUCCAGGCUCAAUGUACCCAGCUCCCACAAGGCUUAGUUUCCAGACCCUUUAUCAUCUUCGUUGCCCUCCUCUGCAGGUGUCCCAGCUUGUAAACUUGGGGCAGUGUUAGAAACUGUCAAAACCCAGAUGAAAAUGGAAUUGCAGGUUGCUUCUGGAUCAGGCCAUAGGGGGCACAUCUAGUGCAGCAACCUGUCCUCACAGUGGCCAAGUAGACGUCCCAAUGGGAAGUAGAACCUGAUUGACAGCAACUUUCCCCAGUUCGCUAGCUUCUGGCAUUCAGAGGCAUCCCACUGCAGUUUUAUGGGGUUGUAAGACACGGGUGGCGCUGUGGGUGAAACCACAGAGCCUAGAACUUGCCGAUCAGAAGGUCGGUGGUUCGAAUCCCCGCGACGGGGUGAGCUCCCGUUCCUCGGUCCCUGCUCCUGCCAACCUAGCACUUCGAAAGCACGAAGUGCAAGUAGAUAAAUAGGUACCGCUCCAGCGGGAAGGUAAACAGCAUUUCCGUGCGCUGCUCUGGUUCGCCAGAAGCAGUUUAGUCAUGCUUGCCACAUGACCCGGAAGCUGUACACCGGCUCCCUCGGCCAGUAAAGCGAGAUGAGCGCCGCAACCCCAGAGUUAGCCACAACUGGACCUAAUGGUCAGGGGUCCCUUUACCUUUACCUUUAAAUCAUCACAACUAGUGAUGUGAGGUGAGAAUAUUCUCAAGAAUUUAACAUCACUAAUCACGACCCCCUUAAAUUGAGCCUUGGCAGUCAUAGCAAACCAGCACAGGGUUCGGAUCUCUAUUCAAGUAGGCCUCUUGAAAUUAUCAUGCAUUACAGUCAUAGGCACCUUAAUUUCAUUGAGUCUUCUCUUGAGUAGAAUGUAGCUGCCAACAAGCACAGAAAUUUAGAUGAUGGUGCGGUUGAAUUAGGAAACAUUUUCUUAACCAGAUUCCAUUAUUUCUUAGAAAUACCACAGACUCCUUGUCAUUCAAACGAUGUACGGCAGCAGUAAGGAUUUCUUUAAAGAAUAAAAGAGGAUUUUUAUCAUCUGCUUAGAGGCAUUCAAAAGCCUAAAUCAGCAGAAUAAUAAGCCAAGCAGAUGCGAAGGCGAUAUCUUGCUAAGGACUGUUAGAAAAAUCUUUCUUGGAGGUUGAAAGAACAAUAGUCUUCUGCUGCUGAUCUAACUAACGUGUGCUUGAGAACCCAUUUAAUAUUUUUUCAUUAAAGAUCUCCCAGCUCACCUUUGAACGAGUCUUUGGCAAAAAGAAAAAGGAUAAAUGCUUCCUGCCUGGAGAUCCAUGACUGGCGCGUUCUAUAAAACAAAGCGAAUAAUAACUCUGUCCUUGAGAUCAACUUCUUCUUUCAGAGAUAAGGUGGUGAUUAAUUGAAAUUUUGUUCCCGUCAGAGAUUGCUGUCUCUGUGUGUGUAAAUAAAUAAAUGGUUGAGGCUCCCAGCCUUCUGUGGCAACUUGCCGUAAAUAUUUCUCCUUCGGUGAUGGAAAAAGAAUCAGUUCCUGGCUGAUUGAAGGUGAAGAUACUAAGAGAUAACCUGAUGGCCCUUUAAGGCAGGGCUGUGGAACCACCAAGGGCCACAUUGACUUGUGCAGAACCUUCCAGGGGCCAUAGGAGGAGCGCCCUGUUUGUGGGCUUCCCAGUGGCAUUGGAUUGGCUGCUGUAGAAAGCUGGAUGGUGGAUUAGCUCAGGGAUGGGGAACCGGUGGCCCUGGUGGACUACAGCUCCCAUCAUCCCUGAGAUUCGGCAAUGCUGGCUGAUGGGAAGUGUAGUCCAAGCAUAUCAGGAGGGCCACAUGAUCCCUGUUCCUGGACUAGAUAGAGCUUGGGUCUGAUUCAGCAGGGUUCUUGCUGCGUCCUUAUUUGUUAUAGUCCUAUAUAGCCAUGUUUGCCAAGAUCCUCCUUGUUUUCGUUGAAGGCACACUGCCUUAGGUUCAUCCAUCAAGUAAUGCAAACGAUGUUAAAAGGGCAAAUUGGCUUGGUGGAAGAAAAGCAUCUUCAUAAAAGUGACUGAUUCUCCCCACCUGCCCCCAGCCCCUGGCCCGCCGUUGAGAAGAUGUAUGAACCCAUCUUGCUGAACUCAUCAAAUCCUCCCCCUCGGGUGGGAGGCGGUUGACCCCCUCUCGGAACAAUUCAAAACAAGAGGCUUGGUGAUGGGCGAGACUUCACUUGGUAAAAGGCCAACGUCAUAUAUCACAAGGGGGGUGAGGUGGGCCUGAGCAACGGAGCCAGCAAGAUUGUAGUUCCGUGAAGCUUUUAUACAGCCUUGGCACAAGCAAGUUUUGAACCCAGGACCUUGGCUUCAUAGCCAGGAAUACUACAUGCAUUUAGAGCAGGGGUUGCCAGGUCCUGAUGGGAAUGGAUCAGGCCAAAGGCCUCUUUAGACCAGUGCCGUGUUCACACAGUGACCAACCAGAAACCCAUAAGCAGACUCUGAGCACAGCCGCACUCUCGCUACCUGAGAUUCCCAGCAACUAUUCAGACUCAGGAACUAGGCAGCUUUUAUAGAACCAGGCAGAACCCUACUGGGCCUUUUAUUGUCACUUGAUCUCCACUGAAUUGGAAUCCGUUACAGAAUUAGAGAUAAGAGUUUAUGAGUAGAGAUAAGUUCAUGUUAGUCCAUAGUCAGAUUUGAAGUGAAGGUCUUAGUUUCAGUCAUUGAGCAGAAGUCAGAAGUCAAUUAUGGGUCAGAAACCAGGACAGGGCCCUGUUUCAAAGUAUUCACCUUCACUAGCUAAUUUUUAAGGGGAAGUUUGAAGAAUUCGUGUAAAUAGAUCCUGUUAUUUUCUACGUUUCUCAGAGAUAACUAAGUGUGGGUAGAUCAGCGUGUAUCUCAUAAACUCUUAUCUCUAAUUCUGUAACGAAUGAUUGUGUCAUACGUAUCCUUAUGAGUUUGAGUUUGUAAUCUCUGUUUGAGUUUGUAAUCCUUGUCAGACUACAUACUUUUGAAUGGAUUAAUUUUUGUUACAAUUGACUACUGAUUUGCGAGUAGGGACCACUCCCACUACUGAAACUUAUAUUGGCCAGAGUUCUUGGUGUGCUUUUCCCCUGGUAUAUUUAAUAACAAGAACUCCAACUUAUUCCUGGUGGGGGUGCAACAGAGUGCUAGUCUUUAGCUCCUUCUCCCCACAAACCUCCAAUUUGGUUCAGGCCGACAACCAGUCUAGCUCAGCAUCCUGUUCUCCCAGGGAGCAGCCAGAUCCCCCACUGGGCAGCCCGCAAGCUGAGAAUCCUCCGGAAAAACAAUCUCUCAAAGGACCUGUUGAUGGCAUUUUACCAUUGUACUGUGGAGAGUGUGUGUGUGGUUUGGGAGCUGCACGGUCAGGGGAAAACCAAUGCUGUCCAGGGUUGUAAAGACUGAGGAGAGAAUAAUUGGGUGCACUCUUCCCACCUUGGAUCAAAUCUAUGCUUCCAGGUGCCAUAAGAAAGCUGCAGAGAUAGUGCAGGAUAGUGUGCACCCCGGAAAUGAUCUCUUUCAGCUUCUGCCUUCUGGAAGAAGGUACAGGGUUAUAAAGACUAGGACUAGCCGUCUGAGAAACAGUUUCUACCCAAAUGCGAUUUUGGUUUUAAACGCAGUGUAAGGUAGCCUCUAUGGGAGUCUAUUGUAUUUAAAAUGGGGUAUCAGAGUUUUUAGGGGGCUAACCAGGUUGCGAUAGCUGGGAUAGCAGGCUUGAUGGGUUUUGAAUGUCUUAUGUAGAUUUUUCAAUUUUGUUGUUCUGUAUGGGACAAUGACAAUAAAGAUUAUCAUAUCGUAGAAAGCACAGCAGAAACUCUCACAACUUGUGAUUCCCAGCAACCACUAUUUAGAGGCACACUGUCUCCAGCCAUGGGGGAAGAAAUUAGCCCUCGGGGCUAGUAGCCAUUGAGAUACCUCCAUGAAAUUUGUCUAAUCCUCUUUUAAAACUACCCAGGUUUGGCCGAGCGCAGAUUCGGCUGGGCAGAGAGAACUGUUAUUUGCUAAAGGCCACAGCAGAGGCAAGGCUAUAUAUACCGUAUUUUUCGCCCUAUAGGACGCACUUUUUCCCCUCCAAAAAUGAAGGGGAAAUGUGUGUGCGUCCUAUGGGGCGAAUGCUGCCUGCACCCCGAAGCCCCGGCGCGCUGAGCAGUCGCGCCGGGGCUUCGGGUAGCUCUGCGCAAGCCGCGGGAAGGCUCCCCCGGCUUGCGCAGAGCAGCCUGUUCCGGGGGCUGGGGUCGGGGGAAGCUCCGGCUUCCCCCGCCCCAGCCUCGUGCCGGGGGGGGGGGGAAUAAAUUUUUAUUCUUUAUUCCCCCCCCCCAAAAAAACUAGGUGCCCCUUAUGGGCCGGUGCGCCCUAUGGGGCGAAAAAUACGGUAUAUGACUCUCUAGGUGUUUUAGCCAUUGUUGCUUAUUGAUUUUGAUGGUUCCUUGUAUAUUGUGAACCACCUUGACUUUUACGUGAUAAAUAAAAGGUAAGCCUUUAAAAUAAUAAAUGGAACUGGAGACAUCUCACCCUCCCCUAACCAAAAGCUGCCGGCCCAGAAGCUUUUCCGACUCGCCCCCCUUCUCCAAUGCAAAUGACAUUUGCAAAUAAGGGUUGCACAUACUUAAAUCUUGGGUUUUGUGGUCUGCCGUAUGGCUGGAAUGGGGCUACAAAUGGCUGUGGGCGGCGGGGGGGGGGGGGCUGAGAGGAAACUGGAAGAUGGGGGAGACACUUCAGAGAGGAUAAUUAUUUCCUGUUCUGAUUUACAGCAUGUUGGAAGAAGAAGUGUGGAAUGGACUAGGGAGGGAUGGGGUGGGGGGUGGAACCAUGGUCUUCUGAAUGGUGACAGGACUUGGGAGCGGGUCUGAUGAAUGGGAAGCUCUGUUUUUGACCUCCACAUAAGAGUCUUUAUUAGCAGCCUGAAAUGGAGGGGGGUGGGAAAGCUGAUGUUUGCGUCUCUUACUAUUAGAAACACACACACACCCUUAGGGCCCAGAUAUAAAUAAUAAGCAAACCUCUCCGAAUUUUAGUUAGGAGCUUAGCUGCUUGGACACAUUGAGCACUAUUGUUUUAAGGACAUGUUUAUAGUUAUUAUAGAAUCAUAGGGUGGAGCAAUGCAAUCUACUAUAUGUUUUGGGAAAUGGUUUCUCCAUUUGCUUUCUGUGCGUUUGGGUGCCUCUCGAGAUGGCGCUGCCAUCUUUCUUGAUAUUUGGACGCCAGGUGCCAUUUUGAAGCAAGAUGAUGGACCACAACUUGACUUUGCUGUGACCCCACCCAGUUUUUUGUGUGUGACUGACAGGUCCAAACUCACAAAUUACACAAUCCCUUUAUAAAUCAAAAUAUAUUUAUGGUUUCUAAAAAAUUCCCAGGCAGUGCUGGGCUUUCCCUGCUAGUUAAUAAUAAUAAUAAUAAUAAUAAUAAUAAUAAUAAUAGUAGUAGUAGUAAAAUAUUAUUAUUAUUCCAAAUUUAUAUCACUUCCUUUCACAGAAGUUAUAUGGUAGCUUUCCAAACAAAGUGCUGUUCUGUGCCCACUUUCAGACCCGGAUUGGAGGAGGAGUUCUGAUCCAGUUUGCAUUUAAAGUUGAAUCUCCCUAACCCACCCUGUCCCUAAUAAUACAUUAACUGAAGCGUAGAGACAUCUUUCAAAAACCUGCAGUUCUCCGACCAAGUAAUGGAUGCAAGAGUAAAUAUAUUAGGGGGUGGGAGUGUGUGUAUAAAAGCAAUUAUUAGCGGAGGCUGCAGACAAACUAUAUUAGGGGGAAACGUUUAUAUUAGGCAAAACGUCAUACAGGAAUGUGUCUAUUAGGGGAAAUUUGCACUAAAAUGCUGCUGGAUUUUCAUGGAGUCACUCCCUCACAAAUGAAAACUGAUCUGGAAAUGUGGCAAAUUGAAUUUAAGAUUGGGGUGGGGGAUCCCCUGCAACAAAUGUUGUGUGUGGUGGACAAGGAAUAGUUUUUUUCCAGGGAGAAGGGAGCCAUUGUAGAGGCCCCCGCCGUGAUCCAAGGUGACCAAGGAAAGCACGGCCUGCCUCUUUGGCCAUGUCUAUCCUAUUGGUUCUGCUAACCACUGCCUUUUUUAAGCAGAGACCCCCCCAGGAGAGGAGAGAGAGGAGCUAAAGGACAGAUUCUCCUGUCCUGAUGCAAAUGCAUCAAGAUGGUUUUCGAAGAACGCUGGGAUUUUGCCAGCUGUUGCAACCUAAAUUGAGCCAAAAAUAACCGCUCCAUUCUGGCGAGAGGGUGAGAAAGAGGAAAACAGCUCUACCCCCAACACCUGGCCUUGUGGGCAGCUGCAGAUUUUUAUUACAACAAGACUGGGGAGGUUGUUCUGGUGCCUGCCAAGCGUUCGGAGUUUGGGAUUGUAGGUACUGCUGGCGUCUAUCCGACCCGCUUUGACCUCUCGGUGAUUUCAACCAUGGCCAUCAGUCCCGGCUCCUCAACAGCUUUGCUUCCCCACAGGGCCAUCUAAUAAUCAGUUCUGGCUCUUUAGUUUUGUGGCAUGCCAGCCUUGGUUGGCCCCUUUAACCUGGAAGAGGGAGAACGCGGAAACCGAGAGUCUCCUCCUGCUGCAUCUGAUAGCCUUGGAUGCACUCUUGGCAACAGGGAGCUUGGCGAACAUCAUAGAAUCAUUGAAUUGUAGAGUUGGAAGAGAACCCAGGGGUCAUCUAGUCCAACCCCCUGCAAUGCAGGAAUCUCAGCUAAAGCAUCCAUGGCAGAGGGCCAUCCAACCUCUGCUUAAAAGCCUCCAAGGAAGAAGUAGCAACUUUGCCAUCUUCGGGGGGGGGGCGCGGUUCUUCAGGCCCUGGUACCAGACUUGCCCCUCCAGCCUUCUCUGUCUGGACCUUGGUGGCUUCAUAAUCGCAUGAGCCCUGUUCCAGAGUAUUUUUCAUUCUCAUGUAUAUUACCGUAUUUUUUGCUCUAUAAGACUCACUUUUUCCCUCCUAAAAAGUAAGGGGAAAUGUGUGUGCGUCUUAUGGAGCGAAUGCAGGCUGCACAGCUAUCCCAGAAGUCAGAACAGCAAGAGGGAUUGCUGCUUUCACUGCAUAGCGAUCCCUCUUGCUGUUCUGGCUUCUGAGAUUCUGAAUAUUUUUUUUCUUGUUUUCCUCCUCUAAAAACUAAGUGUGUUUUGUGGUCUGGUGCGUCUUAUAGAGUGAAAAAUACAGUAUAUCAAUUCGAAAAAAGAUUGGUUAAUGAAGAAAUUGCGCAUCUUUCUACUUACAAGUGUUUGUUGAGCUAAUUGGCUGAUGGAGAACUGAAGGAAACAGUAGUUGCUACCCAGAAACACUGUUCAGAGUUCAGAGUUGGACAUCAGAAUUGGACAUUUGCCGAUUAUACAAAGCGUUGCAAGCUAGAUCUCCGCUGGGCAAAGUCUGGCACCGUGACUUAUUCAAAGACUUUCAGAGACUUCAGUUUGAUAGUUUUGCAAUAUUCCAUAAAGUUUUCUUUUCUGUAAUUGUUUCUGGCCAUCGUGUUGCUUUCAAUAUUGCUAAGCUAAAACUUUUCCUCCUUGCUCAUGGGGAUGCCAGAGUGGUCUGCCCCAAAUCUUGUUAGAGGUGCAGGACAAAUCUUUACACUCCAGUUCCCCCCACCAGCCACUUAGAAGGGGAAAAGGCUGUCUCUUUUAUAGUUCACACUUUUUUUAAUUAGGUUUUUUAUUAAAAGAUUUUCUUGUGUUACAAAUAAACGGGGGGAAACACACGGCGUCUCCACUUUCAAUCCGUAGAGUCUUUUUCACAUUUCGUUUACAUGUAGGGAGAGACGAUUUUGUCAUAUGACCAAGCCCUGGACCCCCUAACCUCUCUCAAUGUCAAUAAAAAUAAAUAGUUCAUGCUUUGUUAGUGGAGAUACUUAAGGAACAGAAUGGGGGACCGAUGCCGGUUCCUGAACAUUGAGACUACCGAGACCUAGGUGGUGCUGCCAUCUAGAAACUUCAGGGUGAAUUGCAGCUGUUUCUUUUUAAUCACAGUUAUCCACAGUCUGCUAGCUUCUGGGUUACACUGCUGCUGUGUGUGUCAUACUUGGGGCUGCCUCUGGAGACUCCCUGUACAAAAAACUGCAGCUGCUGGUUUAAUGGGUUUGCCCCUGUGGAUCUCAUUCUCCCAGUUCUUAAACAGCUCUUCUGACUUCACACAGCCCAUAGUUGAAAUAAUGGAAUUAGAGGGGUUUAAAAUGGGACUAGGCAGAUAAGGCUCCUGAAGACUUCUAGCCACUCAUGAUGGCUGUGGGCUACUUUCUGUUAGAAUUCCUGAUCCAUGAUUGCAGUCAUGGGAUUGUUGUCUAUCACAGGAUGGUGUAUGUUUUGACUCCACAGAGUGGGAAGUGACGGAGACAGGAUGUUUGUGUUCCUGUGUUCUGUGACGGGGGACUAUUGUCCUUUGUUCUUUCUCUUUUUGCUGUCUGAUGCUAGAGAGAAAGGGAGCCACGUUGCAGUGCUCUGUGUGUGUUUAUAUGUAAAUAAAGUAGAUUAGCCAAAAUGCUGAGUUGCUGAGGUCUGUUACGCAAGCUGCAAAGACUGCGGAUCCCUAAAUGUGCCGGUGUCAGUUGGCAUCGGUUGCUAUGAUGUUCGGGCAGAAGAAAGCUUAUGAAGCUCCUGAACGAUCAACCAGGAGGGAGAGAACAUGCCAGUCGGGCAUGUGUCUCUACCAGGGUCCUACUCGAGUGUAGGCUGAACUCCUGACACUUUCUGUGUCAGAUAAGGAUGCCUCUGAAUACCAGUCGCUGGGGGUCAUGAAAGGAGGAGGACUGUGACUUCCCGGAGGCAUCCGUUUGAGUGCUGGACUUAAUAGGCCCUUUCGGGUGUUAAUGAUGGUGGGUUCGUUUCUUUCAAUGGGUCUGAGUAGAAUGUAGCUGGAGACAACCUGUAUUUAUAUCCCACUUUCCUCCAAGGAACUCAAGGUGGCACCUGCAGCCCUCCGCUCCAUUUUAUCCUCCCAACAACCCUACGAGGUAGGCUAGGCUGAGAGAGUAGCCCCCAAGGUCACCCAGUGAGCUUUGUGGCCAAGUGGGGGAUUUGAACCCUGGUCUCCCAUGUCCUAAAAGGUAAAGGUAAAGGGACCCCUGACCAUUAGGUCCAGUUGCGACUGACUCUGGGGUUGCGGUCCUCAUCUAGCUUUAUUGGCCGAGGGAGCCGGCGUACAGCUUCCGGGUCAUGUGGCCAGAAUGACUAAGCCGCUUCUGGUGAACCAGAGCAGUGCAUGGAAACGCCGUUUACCUUCCCACCGGAGUGGUACCUAUUUAGCUACUUGCACUUUGACAUGCUUUCGAACUGCUAGGUGGGCAGGAGCAGGGACCGAGCAACGGGAGCUCACCCCGUCGCGGGGAUUUGAACCGCCAACCUUCUGAUCGGCAAGUCCUAGGCUCUGUGGUUUAUCCCACAGCGCCACCCGCAUCCUAGUCUGACCCUAAACGCCACCCAUGCACACACAUUGUCCUAUUUGUCGUUAUUUAAACCUUUCCCACUCUUGAAUAGUACAUAAGAGUUGAGAGAGGAAGUUGAAAGAGUGCCACUCUUUCCCACUUCCUCUUCCAGCUCUAUGUUCUUUUCCAGGUUCAGAUUAAUUCUACUGGGUGCAGCGUUUGCUCAUAUCUUGCAAAGUGUGUGCAUGUGGGCUUUUUCUGUCUCCAGGCCAGGGUGCGAGGGGGGUGGGCAGAUCUGGAUGAAGUAGGGCAAGAAGUGACCCUUCUCUUGGUUGAGGAGAAGGCAGAGCAUCCCUGCAGGUCUUCCUUUCUGUAUUUCAGCUGUGGGAGGGGAAUGGGUGUUUUACGGGCAGGUUGUAAAUCCUCCAGAAGAAGGUUUUAUAUAGCGGAGAGCAUCCGCUACUGUAGAGCGCAGGUAACACAAGCCUGUAAACCACAGCCCCGGGGAAGCGAAACCCCCCGCUCCCUGGAAGCCAGGCAGAUUAGAAAGCAGAAAUAAAAGGUGACCUUCUGUUAAAUUGAUGCUUGUGGUCUCGGCCAUAAACCAUCUCGCUAGCUGACAAUGACUUUUCUGGCGAAGGACUCUGAGUGAGGGAUUCUUAAUGGGUUACUGGUGUCAGGGCGGGAAGGAGUGUGGAGUGCAGUGCAGCAAAAUAAUGAAUGGCCUGAGCCGGGCAACUGUGGGAGGUCGCAAAACUGCCCUAACCGAGGUGAGCCGUUAACUUUUGCAGGGUCAGAGGGAUGUCUUGGCGCAGGGUGAGAGGUGUCUGGCAAAGGAGCGCGCCGCCAUUUAUCGGAUUGCCCCUCACCUGCCGCAACCUUGCCUGUGACCUUCACUCGUCCACUUCUGCCACUCCUGGCUCCUCCGAAUGUAAAAGGAGAGCCAGGCUGCUGGAUCAGGCCGGGGGAUUUGGCUCAGCAUCCUGUUCUUACAGGGGACAACCAAGAACCCAAAGGGAAGCCCACAAGCGUAUACUGCCCCCGACAACGAAAGAAGAGCAUAGCCAUCGUUACUGGUAGCCUGAUCAAUGAGUUUGCCUAAUCCUCUUUCAAAGCUGUACAGCUUGGUGGCUGUCACUGCGUCUGGUGGGAGAGAGUUCCAUAGUUUAACUCUGUGCUGCCGGAAGAAGUUCUUCCUUCUAUCUCUCCUGAAUGUCCAGCUUCAUUGGAUUCCUACGACUCCCAGUGUUAUGACAGAGGGAGAAAAGUUUUCCUCUGUCCACUUCCUUCAUGCCAGGAAUCAUUUUAUAAACUUCCGUCACGUUGCCUCUUAAUGCUGCAGCCACAUAGCAGUUUUGCUCCACCCCCCAAUUUAGUAUCUAGUAUUAUGAGAGAGAGGGGACGCGGGUGGCGCUGUGGGUUAAACCACAGAGCCUAGGACUUGCUGAUCAGAAGGUCGGCGGUUCGAAUCCCCACGACGGGGUGAGCUCCCGUUCCUCGGUCCCUGCUCCUGCCAACCUAGCAGUUCGAAAGCACGUCAAAGUGCAAGUAGAUAAAUAGGUACCACUCUGGUAGGAAGGUAAACGGCGUUUCCGUGCCCUGCUCUGGUUCGCCAGAAGCGGCUUAGUCAUGCUGGCCACAUGACCAGGAAGCUGUACGCCGGCUCCCUCGGCCAAUAAAGUAAGAUGAGCGCCGCAACCCCAGAGUUGGCCACGACUGGACCUCAUAGUCAGGCGUCCCUGUACCUUUACUAUUAUCAGAGAGAGGUGGAAAAUGUCCUUCCCUUUGACUCUGCAAAUUGAGCCUGCAACAGGGCUGGGGGAACUUCUGAGGGCCUUGUGCUGGCAGUGGGCAAAGCAAAGGAUGCAAAAUUUGCUUUUGUAUGUUAGCAGUCACAAUCAGAGGGCCAGUCAUAGCAGCUGAUAGUUACAUUCGGAAGCUUUUUCUCCUUUCAGCAUCGUUCUGAAACUUAAGUUGAGCAAUGAGUGGUCCACACAGCUGCUCUUAACAAGAUCCCCGUUAAGGGAUCCCUCUUAAUUUUGUGGACUCCCCUGGCGUGUGACUCCGCUGACGGACAGCGCUAUUAAGCGGUCAUUAGUAAGCGUGUCUGAAAACGUGGCUUCCACCGCCAACAACGGUUUAUUGAGUGUUCUGGGGCUCGGUGACAGGAGAAAGCCGUGAUUCGUGCAAUGGGAGCUUAAUGGGUUUAUUUUCCUACUUGCUUGAGGUGGGCAUUAAAGCUGACAGCCGCUUAUUAGCUUAUUUGAUGUUUGGACAAAUCUAAUUCUAAUAUUCCCACUCUGCCAAACAAAAAAACAUAAAGGCAUUUCUGUGGAUAGCAGAAUGUUGUUGUCAAGGAUAGAUUGCGCAGAAUUGCUAAAAAUUGGGUGCAGAAACACAAGUGAAAAUUUUGGCACAACACUAGAAGUGUGUGUGUGUGUGUAUUACUAUAUAUAUACUAAUGCCAUCUUCUCCUUUUCUGCCUUCUCUCCUGCUAGUGUUCAUCAUGGGAUUUGGGCUCCUUGUCUACCCCUUCGGCCUCGGUUCCACUGCCGUGCAGAGGUACUGCGAAAAUUCAAGCAUCUACUACGCUGGCGAUUGCCAGAUCGGAUGGGGCUACAUGCUGGCAAUUGUGGGUGUCAUGCUCUCUGUCUUUCUGCCCUUCUUUGCAAAAUACGCCCCGAAAGAGCACGCCUCCCCCACUCCGAUACCCACAAUUUUAUAGUACUUUCCCAGUAUCGAACAUCCGGAUGUUCCCACCUGAAAUCGGCGGACAGAAGAAAUAUUAGGGCGCUUCCGUUGAGCCUCAUUGCUAAGAAAUGAAUGGGCAGAGGGGAAGCAGUAGAAAUGACAGCAAGAAGCACUUGAAUGACUAUAAAAGACCCCAAGUGCACUGAUGAGUCUUCCAUACACAUGAGAUAUGGACAUUCUGGAUCUGGAUAAUGGGUGCUCAGCAGUGGUUGGGUCGCCUUGGACAUUUAUAAUGGCUAAACGCCUCAAAAAAAAACAAACCUGUUUUUUAUCCUCAAAAAUCUCUGUCUACCUCCCAGUUUCUUUGUGUGUGUGUGUGUCUCAAAAACCUUUUUUAAAGCCUCAAUCCACUUUUUAUAUCUUGUUUCUUAAAUAUCUGGACUUUUUUGAACCUGCUUUUUGGUUUUUUCCAGCCUGAUCUGUGCUAUUUUGUAAAGUAAUAUAAUAAAUGGCAAUGGGGGGGGGCAUUCCUUGGAAAUGAGUUGAGUUGUGGCAAAAAUUGUGUGCCGUUGACAAAAAUUGUGUCUCUUCCUCGCCCUCUGUGGCCGAAUCAGUGCAUGCCAGUCCUGAAAAUGUACAGAGACACCUUUUUCUAAGAUCAAAAGUGUAACUCUCUGAAUUGGCUGUUAAAACUCCGCCCCCCCCCCGCCCCAGGUUAAAGAGGUGUUUUCUGUGCCUAGAAACAUGUGGCUCAUAUUUCAGGAAGAGCAGGGCAAGAUUCUCAGCCUGGCUUAGAGGGCUCCCCCUUGUGUAUCUUCACGACGAAAUUAUUUUUAAGAGUCUUUGCUGUGGCAGCUCCUGAAUAUCUCAUCAUUAACUGUGACAACUGUUAACUUGGAUUGGUUUAAAAGGGGGUUAGUCAAUUCCGCAGAGAAUGAUAGAUCUAUCAGUGGUUUCAAGUCAGGAUAGUUGAUCUGAUGCAGCAGAGCUCCUAUUACAUUGCUAACUAUAGGAAAUAUUAAGAACGCAAUUCAAAAAUCCUCUCUUUUUUUAAGCAAAUGGCACUGUGCCUAUAGUAUCUGUACCUGAUGCAUAGCCCCGUAUAAUUGCUUAAUUGGUCUCUGUGUCUUUGCCAAGGAGUUGGCCAUAAAUAUUAGUGUUUCUGAGAAUUAGCUGUGUGUGGUCGCUCACUCACUUUCUCUUCCUGCUAAACUUCCACUGGAACAAUGUACACGUGAAAGGCAGAGGCUGUCCCUUUAAACCAGUGGUUCCCAAAUUGGGUGAUACUGCCCUAUGGGGGGGGUCAAUAGUAUUACUUAGGGGGUUGCUAAGAGGCAAGGG